CCUGUGUUUGCUUUGGAAAACACUAAAGAGGACUUUGAUAUGAAAUUCUGGUCAAAGAAUUUGCUAAUCACAGUUAACCUAGCCAUAAAAAGGAUCUGAGGUGUUGAAAUGAGCUAGUUCUCUAUUGUCCAACUUGGGUCAUCUAGAAGAAGAUGAAGCUCUUUCCAAUAGGCCUGCUACUUCUUUUAGGACUUGGAUGUAUAGCUGCAAAAAAGAGAACAUAUUACAUUGCAAUUAGGGAAAUACUUUGGGAUUAUGCUCCUUCUGAGAGGAACAUCAUUUCUGGUAACACUAUAGCUGAUGAUGAGUAAGUAUCAAUUUUAAUUAUGUUCUUUCUUGAGAAGAGUAUGUUGAUGUACUGAUCUGUCAUCUAAUCAUCUAUAGCAAUAAAGAUUUACAGUAAUAUGUACUAAAAUCACAACAGUUGGAAAUUCAAAGUAAACUUUAAAUUUAAGGUCAAGUUUGCCAAAAGCGGAACAUUUUUUCCCAGCUUUGUUUCUAUGUCGGCUACUCUGACUUUCAAAUUUGAAAUUCACUUUGAAUUCACAAUUCUCAUUUUAGUUAAUAAUCCUGUAAUUGUUCAACUACUAUGAUAUGAGCAUGUUGUGCAUUGUUUUCUACUACUCCACAAGUGCAAGAUAGAGUUAGACGUAUAUACACUUAUGUAUGUUUUUGCAAUAUUAGAAAAAGUGUUGGCUAAUGAAGAACAAAUCUUAGGGCAGUGAAGGGGUUAACCCUGGUUGAGGAAUAUAAGUAGAAAAGGAAAGAGCACUUUCCUAUGUUUACAUUUAUCUUAAAAUAUAACUUUUAAUAUUGAGAUGUAUAUAAAAAAAAAUAUUUUGAAAAGUCAAUUAAUAGAAUACACAACAAUUAUUAACAAAAACCUAAGUUAAAAAAAAAGGGAAUUCAAUGUACACAGAGCAUGAGAGAGGAUGUCCUCAAUGUGAAUUAAAGUUUCAAAUGGUAGAAUGAUAAAUAUAGAUUUAGACUAAGUAACUAAUUGAUGUUGUAAUAAUGUAGCAAGAUGCUUGUAGCAACAUGAAGAGCAUAAGUAAAGAUAGUCAGAACAAAAAGGUUAAUUUGCAGUUGUUGCAAUAGUACUAAAAUCUAAAGGAUAAGCCCAGCAAUACAUCCAUGUCACUUAAACAGUUAUAGCUAUUGCCUGGACGAUAUAUGCUGUGAGAUGCCUUUCAGUAGAAUGCAACGUUACAAAGGAGUUUACACAGGUCUGUUUCCAAACUCAAAGCAUUUGCAAAGUUGCACAAAUGCUGGAGAUUUAUAAUACUGUUAGUGCUAGUAUAUGUUAAGGAUAGGAUCCAAGAAUUCCUAUGGUAAAUAUAUUGGAGUUCAUCUGUGCCUUCGAGGGCACCUAUCGAUAUAAAUCACUAAACUAGCUUCCUAACACUAAAGCCCCCUGCAAAAUGUGACUGUGGGUCAACUGAGUAUUAUCUCUAGCACGGCAGUGUAUAUAUAUACAUAUAUAAUCUAAACAAGCAAAGUGGAAAAGAUGGAAAACCACUCACAUAUAGUGAGUGGAGUUCAUACUCAUCCGCAACUUUAUAUCUCCUAGUUUCAAUGUAACUUUAAGUGGGGGAAGAAAAGGGGAUAUAAACCUUUAUUAAGGAAUUAAAAGAUUGUCGAAUCUUGAAGAAUGGUAAAAAAUUACCAAAAGUAAGUGCACCAAUGCACCAACUGGUAUGUAGAUAAAAUGAAACACUCGUAGAAAAAAAUAUAUCGGAAAUAGAUAUUUCUAAGUUAUAUAUGUAUAAUAUCCUAUAGGUGUAUCUAUAAAGAAGCCCUUUCUAUAAGGCAAAAGAGUAAAGAUGUCAAAAAAGUUGACAUUAAUCCCCCCAAAAAAAUUGUGAUGGUAGGGAUAUGUAUAGUGCCUGGUAGCAGUUAUGGAACCAAAGGGAGCAAAAGACUGUAGUCACUAGUGGAGGCAAAUGUAUAGAGGGGAUGUAUUCAAAAGUGUAUGCUCACUUCUAUAGAGUAAAGGAGCACAUCCACCUACAUAUAGGUACUGUGGUUAAAUACUUUAUAUACAUCAGUCUUUCUAACCAUAAUAAAUGCCCACAGGGGCAUACAGUGCAAAAAGAGAGAAAUGGGGAUAUUUCUACUCGGUAAAAACCGAUGAAGGACCCCUCAAGUAUAACCACCAGAUGUCCUAGAUUGCCCUAGACUAACUGUCUAACUCACACAGUGGUAAACUCGACUAACUGCUACUUCAAGGCAGCCUCAAAUCUAUCCCUAUCAUCCCAUUUAAUCAAUGCACCAUAUAGAGACCCAAUAGAGAAAAAGAAAUAAAGUAAAAAAGUGUAAAGUGCCAAAAGAAAAACAGAGUAAAAUAAUUGCAUUGGCAAAAAGGUAGCUCAACGCGCAUUUUAGCGUUUCGAUACGCCUUUAUCAAGAGCUCUUGAUAAAGGCAUAUCGAAACGCCGAAACGCGUCGAAGCGCUCUUGAUAAAGGCGUAUCGAAAUGCCGAAACGCGCGUCGAGCUACCUUUUUGCCGAUGCAAUUAUUUUACUCUGUUUUUCUUUUGGCACUUUACACUUUUUAAAUAAAUAGGAUAUAGAAAAUAAAUUAAUGAUGAUUUAUUGGUAUAUAUGAGAUGUAAAUCUAUAUGCCAAGUAGAAACAAAAAAAUAUAUAUGAAAAUAUGGAGACAAAACUGGCAGAUUAAUUAAUUAAAUCCAUCUAUUUUAAUGUAUGAAUGGAGUGUAGUUAAACUCCUCAUUGAGUCCUUGUGGGGUCAAGGUCCUGAAAGAAUAAAUCCAUUGGGAUUCUUUUUGAAGUAAUUGCUGAUUGAAGUUGCCUUUCUUAGGAUUUGGUAUAAGUUUUUCAAUUACUUGGAAUCUCAAGUUAUCCAUAUUGCCUUGAUGAAAGUUCGCAAUAUGUCUGGCUACUGGUGUCGGUGUUAGAGUAUUUUUAAUGGAACCCACAUGUUGAAGGAUGCUAUGGCGAAAUUGUUAAAAAGUCUUCCUAAUGUACUGGAUCCCACAGCUGCACGUAAUUAAAUAUAUCACCUGAGUAGUGCUGCAGUUCACCAGGGCAUUGGUUGUAAUCAUAAUCUUUGAUUGUGUCGAUGUUGUAGAUUUAGAAUGAGUAAUAUAGUUGCAGGCCUUACAAUGGUCACAUCUAUACGUGCCCUUUGUAUGUGUAAGCCCGUUGGGUUUGGACAGAAUUGGUGCCAAAUAGCUGUGCACUAAAAGAUCUUUUAGGUUUUUGGAUUUUCGGGCCAUAAGAGAUGGGUAGGUAGGUAAUGACUGCUUGAGUGUAGAAUUAUGCAGUAAUAUGGGCCAGUGUUUAGAAAGAGACUGUAUAAUUGUUGUCCAGCCCCUAUCAAAAGUGGCUAUACAUCUGGGGGUCAGAGAAUUUAAUUGGGUACGUGUAGAUUUCAGACUAGUUAAUCUGUUAGUCUGUCCCAUAUGGACAAUAUUUAAGAGCUAGCAGUUCCUCCUAGCUCUUAAAUAUUGUCCAUAUGGGAUUGAUGCUUUCUAUUUGUUUUAAAUGUUUUAUUUUUAUUUUGUGUUGCAAGUAAAAGCAUGUAGUCAUUCUCGUUUCAUGGAAAGCUUAUGAUUGCCUGCGCACAGGCGUUUCAGAUAAAACAUGCAGUUACAUUAGGUUCAAGGGUUUUUAACAGGUAUGUGCUUAACAAAUCAAGUUGACUUUGUUCAUGUUGUGGCUUUGGGCUAAUUUUCAGUAGACUUGUUGUUUGUCAUCCAGCGGUGUGGCGCUAGAGAUAAGCAGGUAGGUGGAGUUGCUACCGGAGAGAUAUGGUGGUGUCAACGCUAAGGCACAAGGCUAGUCUUUGAGUGUAGUUUCUCCUUUCGUGUGGGAGUAUUGGUGGGUACUCAUCUUGUGUGUCAGUAAGUGUUGUGUUGCUUGUGCCAAGCCUGUUUGUGUAGGUGUGGGGCAUAGACUGUGCGCUCAGGUGGUGGUUUCAUCCAUUGUUUUAGGUUGCCCGGGCGGUCGUUAUUGUGCCCGAAGCCUGUUGUGGCUGUAUAUGUUAUGCUCUGCGUAGGUGAGAUGCUUUCUAUUUGUAUGGGUGGUGGCUAUCCCAGUAGAUGUCAGUUUUCUAAAUAGUUCAGUUUGAAUAGUCCCAUCCUCCAUUAGUAAAAUCUCGAGAUCUUUCAGAGAAACUGCUAUGUUUACACUGAGGGUUAAUCCAGCCUCUAGAGCCUCUAGUGGCUGUCUCAUUGACAGCCGCUAGAGGCGCUUGCGUGCUUCUCACUGUGAAAAUCACAGUGAGAAGACGCCAGCGUCCAUAGGAAAGCAUUGUAAAUGCUUUCCUAUGAACUGGCUGAAUGCGCGCGUGGCUCCUGGCGUGCAUGCGCAUUCAGCCGAUGACGUCGCGAGGAAGGAGAAGAGGAGGAGGAAAGCUCCCCGCCCGGCGCUGGAGAAAGGUAAGAUUUUAACCCCUUCCCCUCCCCAGAGCCCGGCGAGUAUGUUUUUCUGGCACUAUAGUGAUCCUUUAACUAAGAAAGAUUGAAGUAACAUAUUUAUCGACUGAGCAAAUCUAGGUGACAUGAAAAAGUUGCAAACUCUCCACAUUUUGCUAUUAUAUUCUAAAACUGCUUCAUUCUUAUGUCUUGUACCAUGCUUACAUCUCAAUAAAAUAUGAAUGACAAAAAGAAAUUACAUUUACUUUGAAUUCACAUGGAAUUUUCACUUUAGUGAAUAACCCUGUAUGACACUACUAAUACAAAACAAAAAAAACACCUUCAAACCAAGGUUAAACAAAAUGUCAGCAUGCAAAUUAAAUCACCUUUUAGUAGUUCUGUCUGAACCAAACGCACCAUUCAAGUGCUCACUGUUCUCGAGUUCUAAAGGGCAAAAUCAUUCUCAGGUAAUAAUAAUUCAAGUCAAACAGGAAGAGCCACAAAUAUAAAAUCCACAUAUUUUAUUCACCCCUUGGGGCUAUUCAAAUCCCAACACAUAACAAAACACUGCUUCCAUACUAGGAAUGAAGUGCCUUCAAAGGUUUGAACCUUUGGAGGCUCUUCAUUGCUAGUAUGGACACAUUAUUUUGUUAUAUGUUAGGAUUCGAAUCGCCCCAAGGAGUGAAUAAAUUACAGAAUACAAAAUAGUUAUUGUCCUUGCCAGAUGUAAAAAAUAAGACAGCACAAAAUAGUUAUUCUAUUUUCCGAGAUAUGUGACCCAACAGAGUGUGCCUUUUUUAUGUCCAUCAUACUAUUUUUUUUAUUUUGUUCCACAGUCCUUUUACCCUUUUUUGUUUAUUUUCUUUGCAUCCUGGAUCCUCUCUGUUCCCCUCCUAAUUUGUGCAUUUCCACUGUCCUUUUCACAUGUAAACUGUUCAAGGAUAGCUUGCCACCUUACCCAAUUAGAAUCAGAUUUUAUGCUUUUUCACUAUUCUUGGCCUUUUCUCUCCAUCUUUCCCUAUUUUCUAAUUACCUACUUUGGUAAACCUUCUUUCACCUCUCUCAUGUCCACUUUUUUAAUUAUCUUUCUAUCCCUACUCACACCUGCUAGCCUCAUAUUUCCCCUCUGCAGCUUUUUUUAAACAUAUCAGCUUGCCUGUUUAAGGAUAAAUUUCAAGAAAUCAUGCCGCAAACAAAUAAUGUUUUCAUACAAGGGAAAUUAGCAAGCAAGCAUCAGACAAAAAGAUAAAUAAAUAAAAUUGAUAGAUAAAUAUACAACUUUAUUGGAAACAUAUGUUUCUUCCCUUUUUUUCUGCCACAUGUGUAUCCAAUAAGGUGUGUUAUUUAGGAAUACCUUUGCCAGCUGUAGGCUUAUCCAAUACGUUCCAUUUCUUUGGAUUAAAACAUAUUUUUGCUAUUCACUACUUAAAGGUAGGAGAAGAACCAGAUUAACAUAGGCUGUAUUGGAGCUAAAGCUCCAGGCCUAUGGAUUACAAUGUAUUCCAAUAUAAACUGUGGAACUUUUUUUUGUUUUUGGCCUGCAAUUAUGAAACACUGCUCAUACCUUCUGUUUAGAAGGCCAAACAUAUCUUCCAAGGCCUGACUGAAGUUCAGAGGAAACACUAUCCAUAAACCACAUUUAGCUUCGUCACUGUACACCCUAGUCCUUAUCUGAUGUUUGUCCUUGGUAGCAACUGGAGGGCCCAAAUGUGCCCUAGACCCCUUGCUUAUAAAGAUUUGUGCUCUCUGCUCUAAACUCAUAUCAUAUAGAUAUUCUGUGUCCCAUGACGCACAGAAUGGUUUACUUUCUGCUGCAUGCAACCCAGAACAGGCUGUGACCACUUACCCCAUUUGCUUUCCUCGUGAAUUUCUCUGUGACUCAGGUUUCUGCUAAAGAUGGCUUGUAUUGCUUGCUUCCAGUUUUAAAUAUGUAUGUGUGGAUUUUUUUUUUUUUUAUUGAUUGUGAAAUCUAAACUCAGAUGGAGGUCAGGCCAGACAAACUGAUUUAAAUGUUUUAUUUAGGUGUAAUUAUUAGUUCCAUGGCCAUAAAUCCUCAACUCUAACACAAGGGUAGAACUAAAAUAUUAUGCAUUCACCUAUUGAAAUUGCUGUGUUUCCUGGAGACUUACUGUUUCUACUCUGGUUAUAUUCAAAAAUCAUGUGAUAUGGCCCAUGCACCUGCUAUUCAUCUUAAACAUAAAAUAACCCUGAAUUGUUUUUGUUCUUCUUGCAUUCAGGAUUUCUGUCUCUCCUUCAUUUCAGACAUGCAUCUACAUUUUUAUUGCGUGACACAAACAGAAUUGGCCGAAUUUAUAAGAAAGCUGUUUAUCAACAAUACACUGAUGACUCCUAUACAGUGGAAGUGAAGAAGCCAGACUGGCUGGGAUUUCUGGGCCCCAUUAUAAAGGCAGAGGUUGGAGACACCCUUAUUGUCAAUCUUAAAAACUUUGCUUCUAGAACAUACAGUUUGCACCCACAUGGGGUUCAGUACACAAAGGAGAAUGAAGGUAAAUCAAUAUGAUCAUCAAUUUAAAUUAUGUUUACUAAAUAUAUACAUGUAAUUAGAUUGUAUGACUUUGUAAUUGGUACUCCACCACCAACCACAAACUCUUCUUCCCAUUUUGGAGUCACUUGGUAGAGAAAUGUAACUUAGAAACUUUUCAGAUAUUUCUCCCAAAGUUCCUGUAUUUUGCCUAAUGCCAGAAUCACUGUCUUCCCUUCCAUGUACAGAGUGUCAGUUUGUAGGUAGAUACCAGCAUAAUUUAGAACUAACACGAGAUGAUUUCUCUCUCAAACCAUCGGCCACCAGGCCAUUUGAUUUCAAGCAAAACCUGCACUAUACAUUCUAUUCACAUCCAUGGAUUUUUCCAUUCCUGCCCACUCAAUUAUGUUUUAAGAAUGGUAAACCAAACAAUUGGUGUUUUCACCACUACGACCAUUAAAAUAGGUGAAGCUUUUACCAUUUUUGUAAUUGUUUAAAUCAAUACCUAACUAGUAUAUGAAAGAAGCCAGUUUGGUCAAAGCGAAGACCAAAGUAUCAAUUAGACAUUGAAGCCAAGUUACAUAGAGCAGUAAAAAAAAAACAAUUAAAUAGAUGCAGUAGGUCAUCUGCCACCUGGUGAGAGAAAAACAUAGAAUGGGUGCUUUGCAUUUCAUCCAUUUAAGAACAAACUAAGAUAAAAAAUAUAUUAGCUCAUUUAAUCAGAAUUUGAGGGUUUAGGUCUCAGCACUCUUUAACAAAUUUAGCUUUUGAGGGGGAAUUCUCUGAACUCAAAUUUGUAUUAUAAAAUCAAGUGAAAGUAAAAUGUAAAUGUUCUCUACAGGUGCCUCCUACCCAGAUAAUAACCCAGACUCACUGAAGAAAAGUGCUGCUGUUAAGCCAGGGGAAUCUUUCACUUACACUUGGGAAGCUGUGACAGAUCAAGGGCCAACAGCUGAGAAUGAGGCUUGUGUGACUAGAGUCUACCAUUCACAUGUUGAUGGACCAAUGGAUGUCUAUUCAGGUCUUGUUGGGCCUAUGCUCGUAUGCAAAACAGGUAAUGUGUUUUUGGUGCUGUUUCAAUGGAUUGAGUGCCAAGUUGAACUUUUCACGCAGAAAUGAUUUACACAUUUUUUAGCUCUAGUGCAGUCAUGUCCUGAAUUCACAAUUUGACAAAUGAGGACAAAUAAAUAUAUACAACAAAGAGAAUAGAUAAAUAGAUAGCAAGAAUGCUACCUUAUUUAUUGGUGUGUAAUAUUUAGAUUCAUGCAAAAUUGUUACAUUAUUAUAUAAAUGCAUAGAUGACCUUUACCUUUUAGAAUAGUUCUAAUUAUUAUUCUGAGCAAACUGAGUUUGAUGACUGUUUUGCCACAGUAAAGUUUAAAUAUGUAUGGCCUAAGUUACCGACCCAAAAGGAGAAAAAGUCCAAGAUCGGACAUGGUACUGACUUUUGAAGAACCUUGCAAAGUUCAGCUUGGAAACCCCUUUAUGUGUCAACAGGAUUCUGUGUUCUGACUACCCAAGAUGAUGAAAAACUGAUGAUUGAAUGAGCAUUGCCACCAAUAACAAACUUGAAAAACUCAGAACUUAAUGACCAGAGAACUAUAUUAUAUAAUCUUUGCAUUUUCCUAAUUACCACAGGAAUAUAAGGUUAUCUAUCCCCUUCAACCAUGAUGUGUUUUACAUGUCUUCACAUGUUUUUCUCUAUUUGAUUUCAGGUCAAAUGAAGGAAGCAGAUGAAAAAGACUUUGAUGAGUUCAUCCUAAUGUUUUCUGUAAUAGAUGAGAAUUUGAGUUGGUAUUUGGAUGAAAACAUUAAAACAUUUUGUACUGACCCGGAUUCAGUUGAUAAAGAAGAUGAGGACUUCAAGGAGAGCAAUAAAAUGCAUUGUAAGAUUACAUUUUAAUGUGUAUUUUAUAAUGUGUGCUCUUUGAUUAAGACAUGCAUUGGACUAAGGAUGGAAAUUAUUUAAAAGGACACUCUUCCUCAAAACAACUUGUUUGAGGUGAGCAGUUCUUGGUCAUUGCCUUACCUUAACCCCUUAAGGACACAUGACAUGUAUGACAUGUCAUGAUUCCCUUUUAUUCCAGAAGUUUGGUCCUUAAGGGGUUAAAGGGAAGCAACCAUAUUUGGACAGUUUUAAGUACCACUUAAAGCACCAGGACACGUUCUUUUAGUUUUAAACCUGUAGUCUAAAAUAUUGCUGUUUAGUAGAUAUGUAAAUACUAUCUAGUAAUUAACUUAUUAGGAAUGCAUGUUUGUAUUCCUAACACCUGACUGCCCUGCCUCCUUUACCCAUUGCACUUAUCACUAUUCCUCUGCUUAGUGACAGUGAUGCACGAAGGCUGUACCUGGUUGUCCAUUGAGAGUCACAAUAUGUACUGUGUCUAACUAAUAGACACAAGUUAAAGAAAUAGUCUGUUAAAACCUCAGAGGUCACAAUUCAGUUUGUCAAAUUACAAAUUAAUAAUUGAUAAUAAAAAAAGUUUUAAAAAAAGAAUCAUAUGAUCGAUCAUGAAACUCUAUGACACUGUACUGUUAUUGAAUGCUUCCUCCCAAGAAAUGCGGUAGGCAGGGAUAACCGUUAGCUAAUUUUCCGUUUGUUAAUGUUCCAUCUUAUCAUUGAUAGGAGCGAGUGCAAAACACCCUGUUAGAUGAAUCUUUCAAAGAGAACUGUUACUUCUAGGGAUUUUUAAUAUAAUGUUUAUUAAUCUGGAUAUGCAAUAUGUAUUUGUGAGGUGUGAAAAAUAAAAUUAUAUUUAGAAAUAGACACUUCUUUAUCCUGUACCUUGGUGACUUAAUUUUAGCUCUCUGUCAAUCACACCUCACACCCAUCCAUUAUACAUGGAAGUUCACAUGGAGUAAGCAUACAGGAAUGAGGGGGAAUAGAACACUGUUUCUAUUUCUCCUCCUCAUUUGCUAAGAAAACAUAGCAUCUCAUGAAAAAAAAAGGUCAAAAGGAGUUUUAGGUUAUUUUCAAAUAUUCUUUAAAUCAAAUGAAUUCCUUAUUUUCUUUUCUAUAUUUACAGGCAUCAAUGGAUACAUGUUUGGGAAUCUCCCUGGGCUGUCCAUGUGUAACAACAAACAAGUGAAAUGGUAUUUGUUUGGCAUGGGAAAUGAAAUAGAUAUUCAUGCUGCGUACUUUCAUGGACAAGUUUUAACCCAACAGCGUUACCGUGUAGAUACUAUUAGUUUGUUUCCUGCAACAAUGGUCCAGGGAGAAAUGUUAACAAACAACAUUGGAAAAUGGCUUCUUAGCUGCCAGGUUAACGAUCAUUUAGAAGGUAUCCCACCUAAUUUUAACGUUACUGCUUCCAUGGGUAAAAUUGUUAUACGAAUCACUAUCUAAAACGGCAAAAUGUAUUUCACUCAAAGCAAGAUAUAAGAAGUUUAUUUAACUAUAUAACCGUUUAUCAGUAGGGUAAGUGCAUUGCAAUUUUCAAACUCCAAAUGCAAUAUAUUUUCCAAGACUUUUACUAAAUAACUUACAUUUAAUAAAACUGAAAAAUAUGUAGUUAUUUUCUGUAGUUGAUUAGAUUAAAACAAUAUGCCCACUGCCCUUGGAAACAGCGCUGAAGUACUGUUUAGUAGGAAGUGAUUUGGUAAAUAAUAUAAUAAUUGUAACAGAAAUGUGUUAUUAUAUUAUAAAAAAAUUAUAUCGGGUAUGUAAAAUUUAACUCAUAUCAAUAAGUAUAAUUUUUCAUGUUUAACUCGUGUUGGUGGUAAAAGUAAAUAUGACACAUGCAGUAUGUUUUUAAAUAAGAAACAUGACACAUGCAUGUGUCUCCUAAAGAACAAAUCAUUUCACUAACGCAAGGCCUUAUACUUCCAUGAUACAAUUUCUCAAUCAACAGAUCUGUACAGUAUUGAUUUAUGAAAUUGUUCAUCUAGACAUCAUCCUCUGUCUGACAUGAUUGGCUUGUAAAAUACUAUUUUUAUGCAUUGUUAUACAUGUUUACUCAGUGUUUGUAGUAAGCAGAGUUUCUAGAUCUAUCUCGUAUCUAUCAGAUAUUUAUUUAUUUAUAAAAUAUUUUACCAGGAAAGAUAUAUUGAGAUUUUUCUAGUUUUUAAGUAUGUCCUGGGUCCACAAAUCAUUGCAUUGUUACAUUAGGGUACAAUAAUAUACAAAAACAAUAUUACACAAUAUAUACAAAAUUUACCAUAGAACAGGUAGGAAAUAUAUAAUCAUGACAUGUGCAUUCUGUUUUGAGGUAUGUAGAGAGGGAUCUCUUAAAGGACUCUAGGCUUGGGGAAGAUUUUAAAGUGUGUGGGAGGUAGGAGAAGGCGCUCUGUAGGAGAAGGAGGGUCGGGCCGCUUUCUUUUUGUAUUGAGGUAGACUAAAUAAAGUGCUAGUACUGGAUUGGAGGUUAUAGGAGGUGGGAAAAGCCGAGGAGAGCAUUUUGCUCAGGUAGGGUGGUAUUUCCCAGAAAAGCUCUUAAACACAAGGCUGGAAAGAUGAAGGGUGCGUCUGGAUUCCAGCAACAGCCAGUUUAGUUCUUUUAGCAUGUCACAAUGGUGGGUCCUGUAAUUACACUGUAGCACAAAUCGGCAGAAUGAGUUAUACAAUGUAUUGAUUUAAGCAUUACCAUUUGGUCCUUUCUCUUUUGGGAUACUAUACAGUACUCUCUUUUUUUGUAUACAAUGUAUUGUGUUUAUUAAUGUGGGAUUGCGGUGCAGAUGCAUAUACUACAUCCCCAUAAUCAAAGAUUGGCAUCAGCAUUUGCUGUACAAUCUUCUCCCUUACUGUAGGGCUUAGUCAGGAUUUGUUUCUGUACAGGGCACCUAGUUUUGGAUAAAGUUUAGAUUGCAAGUUUUUCUAUGUAGAGGCCAAAAGAUAGAUUGGGGUCUAACAGCAUACCCAAGUAUUUGAAAGAGUGGACUGCGCUCAGUAUGCCAUUUGAAUUUGUUUCGAUGGAUAGGUGGGAAUUGUGUAAUUUGUGUAAUUUAGGCACUGUUCCAAAGAUCAUUGUGACAGUUCUGUCAGUGUUUAGGAAGAGUUUGUUUUUUGCGAUCCACUUUUCCACCUCUGUAAACUGGUCUUGGAGCACAGCCUCAAGAUGCGGUAGCUCGGAUUAGCUCACAUAGAUCACUAUGUCGUCUGCGUACAUGUGUACAUUUGAGGAUUUGCAGACAUUAGGCAGAUCUUUUAUCAAUAAUGUAAAUAGUAGGGGGCCAAGCAUGGAACCUUGGGGAACACCACACAUGACUGGGAGAGGGAGGGAGCAGCUGUCAGAAAUGGACACAUAUUGCGAGCGAUCCAAUACAUACGCUCAAAACCAGGUUAGCGAACAAUCACCAAUACCUGAGUUUUUGAGUUUGUGCCAUAGAAUGUCGUGGUCUACCGUGUCAAAGGCCUUGGCAAAAUCAAGGAAAAUAGCUCCAGUUAGGUUUCCUUGUCCCAUGCCAGUUUGGAUGUCAUUGCAAACUUUUAGGAGGGCAGUUGUAGUGGAGUGAUUCUGGCGAAAGCCCGAUUGAAAGGUGUCAGAUAGUUUGAUUGUUGGUAAUACUCACAUAGUUGCAUAUGGACAAAUUUUUCUAAGAUUUUUGACAAUACCGGGAGCAAUGAUAUUGGGCGAUAGUUAGAAACAAAAGUAGUGUCACCACUUUUAUGUAUAGGCACUACUCUCGCAGUCUUCCAAAGUUUGGGUAUGUAUCCAGACACCAAGGAUUCGUUAAUUAGGGUUGCGACGGGUUUGGCAAUUGCCGGCGCACUGAGCUUCAACAGCAUUGCUGGGAUUUGAUAAUGUCCAGACUGGUUUUUCAUUUUUAGAUUAUUAAGAUGUUUUUUAAUGACACUAACAGGUACAGAUCUAAAAUGAAACUUGUCUAUAUUGGGUCUUUGCAAAUUUAGUUGGGCCUGAUCCACAUUUGUAGUUUCAGGAUGCGUGCAAUUUAUUAGCUUGGCAAUCAGGGCAGUGGAGCAUCCGACAAAAUAAUUGUUAAAGGCAUUUGCUACAUCUAAGGGAAGUUACAGAGUUUGGUUAUCCACCUUGACAGUGGAGGGUUGGGAGUGGAUUGGGGGAAUUUGUUAUAUAUUUAUGACUUUCCAAAAGUUUCUAGGGUUUGAUAGGUUAUUGUUCAGAUUUUCACAGAAAUAUUGGGCCUUGGCCAAUUUUGUUUGUUUUUUGCAUAUAUUUCGCCAUUGUCUAUAUGCACAGUGAUCAUUCAUAGAGCCAGUACGCUUGAACUUGGACCACAAAGAAUCCCGAAACUGGUACAUUUGGAUGAGGUCAGCUGUGAUCCAGUUCAUAUGUGCUCCUUUUACUCUCACCUUACACAGCGGGGCAUGCAAAUUCCAAAUUUGUUCAGACUGAAAGAAUUCAACAGCACAGUCUAGAUCUGGGAUAAUGUUUAAUCUGUGCCAUGGGAGGUUCUUGAUGUCAUUAAGAAAGAAUUCAAGAUUUAAUUUUUUGAAGGACCUGGUGAUUUUAAUCUUGGGCGAUGAUUUAAUAGCCUUUAUUUUGCAGAUAGAUAGAUAGAUAGAUAGAUAGAUAGAUAGAUACUUUUUUCAGUUAUUUUUAUUUUAUUUUUUAAAGCUCUAACAGUUUUACAUUACAAAAUGAUGGUGUGCUGUAUUCCUAGUUUAGCGAUAAGGAUGGAGAAAUUAAAAUGUAGUUAUAUUAUUAUAGUUAUGUUCUUUAUCCAUAGAGUUGUAACAUAUACAUUAUUACUUUUAUCCUUAGGUGGCAUGCAGGCAAUUUACGAAGUGAGAAACUGCACAAAACCAAAGUGUAAACUAAUGGGAAAAGUUCGGCACUAUUACAUUGCAGCAGAAGAAGUAAUAUGGAAUUAUGGUCCAACAUUAAAAAAUCAAUUUACAGGACAGAACUUAGAUGACCCUGAGAGGUAAGUUGCACAUACUCUGAGAGUACAGAAAAAUCUAAAUUACAUUAUAAAAUAUGUAAAUGCAAAACUAUAUAUGAUUUAACCCCAUAAGGACACAUGCCGUGUGACAUGUCAUGAUUCCCUUUUAUUCCAGAAGUUUGGUCCUUGAGGGGUUAAAGUAAUAAUAUAAAUACAUGUCCCAAAUAUUUAUGCAAAAGAUAAUUAAACUCUCAGUAGAAAAAAAGUUAAUAGCCCAGUAAACCAAAAGAACACUAAUUUGUAUUAAUAGUAGCUGAAAUGUUUUGGACAAGUACUCAUCUGUAUUUUUAAGGUCUAACUGUCAUGUUACCUACACAAUAGGUAUAUAUAUAGUAGAAUUAUGUGUACAGAUCAGAUUUAGUAAAAAAGCCAUGUAAAAACAGGGUCAGUCUCAUCAAUCAGUUCUCAUCAAAACCUAGGCCAAGGGUAAGAAGCUCUAGGCUUCUGAUUGGCCUACAAAGGAGAGUAGGAGACCCUCCAACAAGCAGCUCUUCUGCACUUUGUCACAGCAACUACAAAACAUAUGAUUCAGUUACUCUGAGAAGCACAUUUGGAUGAGUACAAGAACAGAUUGACAAUGAUCAGUGUGUGAUUGUGGUGCCAGCUCCAUGGAGACAACGUUUAAUUAAUGCAUAGAUUUACUUGUUUAGGUGAUGUUUCAUGUUAAAUUGAACAUUUAUUCACAGGUUCGCUUUAAGAAAACUGCUAAAAUUCUUGGGAAAGUAGAAUCACCAAAAUGUAAAAAAAUAUUUCUGUAAAUAGACUCAAUGCACCAAAUAAAUAGUAAAUACAGUAGGGAAACAACAUCUAUAAUUUAAAAACAACAUAUAAUACGAAUAAACCCAAAACAGUGAGUCUGGAGAAUGGAGUCUGGAGAAUCCUGACAUAGUUUAGGAGAAUAGUGAAAUAAUUUAGAGUUCUUCUACCUGACACAGACACACAAAUUUGUUAAUUUCUCUGGUGAAGGCUAGCAUUGCAAAUAGCAUGGAAUGUAAGUGAGCUUUAUAAUUAGCACAAAGCAAUUACUAUGACUUUUCAUAUAUAGCCCCUGUCCUGUGAUAUUACAACUCCACUUACUAAAUAUCCAUUCACAUUGCAAAAUUCCAUUGAACCUGAUGACUGGAUUCAAGUUUGAAAUAGGCACCUGCACACGACAACAAUUUACAAGUCUGCAGAGCAAAACGGGUGUGAGUUUAUAUAAUACUUUUCAAAGAAAUACUGUGAAAUAUCUAUUGAACAGAAAUCACUAAUGUUUUCUCUUUACACAAUUUGCAAUUUUGGGAUUGUAUACAUCCAAAUAAAAGUAUUAAAAGGAACAUUCCAGACCCCCAAGUCACUUCAGCUUCCUGAUUUGCAUUAGGGGUUAAGGUCCUCUCUUUCUUAUAUUAUAAAAGUGACAAUUUCAAAAUGAAACAAUACUUUCACAAAGCUCCUAUAUUUCACCGUCCUGGCUGAAAGUGAAUGUGAGGGCUUCUUAUAGAAAAGCACUGGGUUCUGUAUUUCUCUAUGAGAAAGAUUAUAUAAUUGCCAUGCAUGCACCGUAGGAACUCCAUGCUUCUGUUUGAGUAGCAAGGAUGAAUGGUCAUCAGGCAAAUAAGAUAAAUACCUCCUGGUUGGCCAGAGAAAUCAAAGUAACUCCCCAGUUGGCCAAUGCAGGGCCGCUGCUGCUGAGUGUUGGUCUAAAAGCCAAAAGUGAGAUUGAAGAGCAAUCAAACAACCCCUUUACUCUAAAGCUGGGGGAACUAAGGAGUUUGGGGUAUGCACCCCCACUGGCUGCAGAUCAGUGGCAAAACUACUGCGGGUGCAGGGGGCCUGGUCGCCCUGCAGACCCCUGUGACUGGGGUGCCUGCCAGUCAUGUAAUGCAGCUCCGGCCUGCAUGGUACUACCACCGGGGCCGCAUUGAAUGGACUGAUCAGCUGGCCCAUGCUGUUAGGGCCACAGAUGGCAAUUCAUUCCGGUCAGCGCUGCGGGGCUCUAAUAGCACGACCAAGUCCCUGUGAUGAUGUCAGAGCUAGGUGGAAAUGACUCGCCUGCCCAGCUAUUAUAGAGAGCCGCGCGGGAGGAGGCAGGAGAGGAGGGAGUCAGAGUUCCUGCUCUGACUCCCAUCAGCUGGAUCCAGCAACUAGACCCCAGGGUAAGUCAGCCUGCAGCACCUAAAAGGUAGAACAAAAAAAAAAGGUGACUAAAACAUUUAGCAUUUGCGUGUGUAUGUAUGUCUGUAUGGGAGUCUGUAUGUGUGUGUGUGUCUGUAUGUAUGUAUGUAUGUAUGUGUCUGUCUGUGUAUGUGUAUGUAUUUGUGUGUCUGUCUGUGUGUCUGUCUGUAUGUAUGUGUGUGAGUGUGUGUCUGUAUAUAUGUGUCUGUUUGUAUGUUUGUGUCUGUAUGUAUGUGUCUGUGUGUGUUUGUUUGUCUGUAUGUAUGUGUGUCUGUAUGUAUAUGUGUAUGUAUCUGUAUGUAUGUAUAUGUGUGUCUGCAUGUGUAUCGGUUUGUCAGCAUGUGUGUCUAUAUGUGUAUCUGUAUGUCUGCAUAUCUGUAGGUCAGUGUCUGCAUAUGUAUCUGUAUGUGUGUCACUGUUUGUAUCUGUAUGAGUGUCAUACUGUUUGUAUCUGAAUGUUUGUCAUUAAGUGUCCAUGUAUUUGCAUGUGUGUCCGUGUAUGUAUCUGUAUGUGUUAUAUGGUGUGUAUCUGCAUGUAUGCCAGUGUGUGUUUGUCUGUUUAUCUGUCACCCAAGCACAAACACACUAUCACCCCCCUUCACCCUGCCACACUCACAAUAACUCCCCAAAUCCUGUCACUCACCCAUGCUAUACUCACCUCACAUCACUCUGCCAUAUUCACUCUAUCACACUCACCUUCUCUAGCACUGUCACACUCAUUCUCCAUUACUCUGACACAAUUGACCCCUUUCACCCUAUUACAUGAACCCCUCCAAUUAUGUCAUACUCAAUCCCACCCCACCCCCCACCCCAACCAUGCCACACUCACCCUGUGGGGGUGAAUGAAACAUAUAGAGGAGCUGGGGGGCAUGAAUGUGACACAAGGAGGGGGAGGAGGAGAGAAGUAGGGGCAGUGGGGCCCAGGGCACUUUUCGCACCUGGGCCCAGUGGUUUCUAGUUAUGCCUCUGCUGCAGAUCAUAUAAAUUCUGCAGUGCUAGGUGAAGGGAACAUUACAAGUGGUCUGCACCCGCCAGACAUGAACCAGCAUCUAGUUAUUUCUAGCAAUGAAUUGUUACUUGAAAGUGAAUAAGGGCACUAGAUACACUGCUAUUAGCUGCUGUAGUGCAGUUUAUUCAUUGAUUUACUGUAAGUUCAUUCAUUUUUACACAUUCAGUUUAUACUUCCUUUUCAUUUGAUUGACUUUAGAAGAAGUUAAUUAUAGUGAGUGCAGCAAAUUUGAUCAGUAAAUUAUUUGUAUCUGCAAAAUUUAACAGUGAGUCAGCGCCAUUUUUUGAGCAAAAUGAAGCACGGAUUGGAGGAUCCUACAAGAAGGUUCUUUACGUGGGGUACACAGAUGCAACUUUUACAAAAAGGAAAGAAAGGUCUGCAGAAGAAGAACAUCUUGGACUACUUGGUAACACUAUUGUACAUUAUGUCUUGCAAUUAUCAUAUUUUUGAAAAAUAGGAAUCGAAUAGCCAACAAUACAAACAAUCCACUGCCUUAAUUCUCAUGGUAAAGAUGACAAUACAGUAUAUGUAUCCUAUACAUUGUGCUGGCCAAAUUGCCACCACAUACACAUGUUCAUGUAUAUUUCUAAUGAUAGAGAGUACAAGCAUCCCAAAAAACAUCUGAUUUGGUGAAAUUGUAAGAAAUUUACUUUUGUAUUAGUUUUGCGUAUAUAACUUCCCUGAGAUUGUCGGUCAGAAAUCUUUGUUCUAUUGUGCAUUUGAUGACACAUAUUACCCCACAGUUCUAGCAGUCUCUGUACCAUCUGCCUCUGACCACCACAAGGUGUGUAGGAGCAAUUGUAAAACUUUUUUUCAUUUCAUCACAUAUACAGAGAGAUCAAUGUUAAAUAAAGUAGACCAUGUUGGCUGAAAAAACCUACACAAUAAAAAAAGUUGAUUAUUUAAUUAGUAAAAGAAUACUGCAAUACGAGCAAUUACUGAGACUGGCUGCAUCCAUGUCAUUUUUUAAAUUAGCGCAAGAUACAACAAAACAAAAAUUGCGGCAUUGAUAUUCACUAACCUCUGACGGAUUUUGAGUCAUUUGCAUGACUAAAGUUCACUAAAAGUCAAGCGAAGUUGAAGUUGGAACCGCAAGAAAUUGUUUGGUUUUAGAACCUUAUUGAGACCUUUCAACUUGCAAUGUUUUAUGGUACACCUGCAAUUCUAUAUUGAUUUACCUGAAAGCACUAACAGAGCACUAACAGCAGACAUCUACAGCAGUGAGUAAAAAUAACCCUAAAAAUAGCUCAGUAAUAGCUCACUUAAUUUGAUAAAUAACGUCUUCUUUGAUAACAUGUAUUCUUUUUACCAAACAGGACCUAUUCUCUUGGCACAAGUACAAGAUAUUGUCAAAGUAACAUUUAGAAAUAAUGCAAGCAGACCAUACAGUAUCCAAGCACAUGGAGUGAGCUACACCAAAAACAUGGAAGGAGCUUCAUAUAGAACCAGCAAUAUUCCUGAAGGUGAAUGAUUUAUUUUAUUUCUGCACAGAUUCUAUGCAAGUCAUUAUACAAACUAGUUAAUUUUAUUGUGUGUACCGUUAUUUUACCGAAACUGCCCACUUUAAAUGAUUUGACUAUCAGAGAAGGACUAAGAUCCCAUGAGGCCCUAGUUUGGGCCCUAGUUCAUUCUUCACAUAGAGAUAAUUACAAGGGCAAAGCAAAUUAAUGGUUCUGGGGCCCCUGUCUAACUCCUGGGCCCUAGGUGGCUGCCUUAUGGUUAAUACUUUUCUGCAAAUAAAUAAUAUCCAAUCUAAUUACAAUGGGUUUAAUCACUCAGAGGUAUAAGUGUGUAUGUGUGUAUAUAUAUACAUGCCUAUGAUUAUAUACAUACAUGUGUUUUGUUGUAUAGAUAUGAAGAUUAUACAUAUUUUCUCUAAAUAAUGUUAUCCCUUCUAUUUUUCACUUUCACACUUACUUCACUCAUUACUAAAAUAUCCUUCUGCUCACCUGUCCCUGGCAACACCAUCUUCAUUAUUUCCACUUUACUCCCCUCUCCUUUCUAUUCAUCCCAUGCACUCUACAUAUACCUUUCCAGGCUAUUUCCUCUAACUCCUCCCAAAUCCUCUAUAUGCAUACGCUCUUACAAAACUUUCAAAUCCUACUCCCACCUUUACUUCCUUUCUAUCCUUCUGCUCCUAGCAGCUGGUGAUGUCUCUCCAAACCCCGGUCCCAUCUCAGCAAACUCACCACAUACGAACUCAAGCAACCACACCAAUCUCAUACCCAUCUCAUGUUACUUUUCCUCUAAAUCCUCCUUCAAUACUGCCCUCUGGAAUGCACGCUCUGUUUGCAAUAUUACAAAAUCCACUACUAUCCACGACCUCUUCAUCUCUCGUUCCCUAGAUUUACUAGCCUUAACAGAAACAUGGCUCACCCUCUCUGACACUACUACCCCUGCAUCUUUAUUCUUUGGUGAUCUUCAACUUACCCACAACCCAAGACACUCUGAAUGUAAAGGUGGCCGUGUAAGGUUUCUCCUCUCACGUCACUGCUCCUUCAAACCUCUACCCAACCCCCCUUCCCUCUCUUUCCCAUCAUUCAAAAUUAAUUCGAUUCAUCUUUUCAAACCCUUCUCAAACUUUGCCAUUAUUUAUCACCACCCCUGGUUCCCCUCUCCUCUCUGCCUGGCUACCCUACUUCCUCUCUUCUAAUAUUGUAUCCCUAAUUCUCGGGGACUUCAAUAUUCCCAUUAGCAUACCUUUGACCUCAGCAGCCUCUAAACUACUUUCAAUUACUUCCUCCCUACGGCUAUCGCAGUGGGCUAAUUCUCCCACCCAUGUAGCCUACAAUACCCUCAACCUCAUCUUCUCUUAUGCAUGUACAGUAUCUAAUAUCUUCAACACUCCAUUUCCUCUCUCUGAUCACCACCUCUUAUCGUUUGCUAUCGAGUACCCCCUCACCAAACAACCUCAGCACUAACCCCCCUCAACUCAGGAGGAACCUUAAUUGUAUUGACCUCCAGCAGCUGUCAGCUGAUAUUGAUUCACAAUUGCUAUCCAUCCCUUCCCUCUCCUGUCCCUCACUGGCCAUCUCCACAUAUACCACUACCCUCACCUCUGCCUUGAAAACUGCAGCUCUGCUCCAAACAUGCACCUUCAGGAGGGCAUUCCCCCAACCGUGGCAUACUAAAUCAACAUGCUACCUGCAAAGAUGCACCUGUUGGGCUGAACGCUCCUGGAGGAAGUUUUGCACCCAGUCACACUUUCUCCAUUAUAGAAUCAUAUUGUGUUCAUACAGCGCAGCCCUUGCCCUCGUCAAACAGUCAUACUUUUCCUCUCUCAUUAGUUCAUGCUCCCACAAUCCCAGGCGUCUCUUUGACACCUUUAAUUCUCUUCUUUUCCCUACUGUGGCCACCCCACAAACUAACCUUACAGCCGAUAGCUUUGCAUGUUACUUUACCGUCAAGAUUGAACAGCUAAGGAAAGAAUUCUCCCCACCUUGCCUUUCUCUUUCUCAACCACACGUAGAUUAUGCCUUUCCUACCCUUCAGACUUUCUCUCUGGCUGCUGAACAAGAGGUGGCUGCACUUCUCCUUUCCUCUCGCCUCACCACUUGCCCGCUCGAUCCUAUCCUAUCUCACCUUAUCAGAUCGCUCUCUCCCCUUGUCUUGUGCCUUCCUUAACACACAUCUUCAACUGCUCUCUCUCUUCUAGGAUUAUCCCUGCUGACCUUAAACAUGCCACUGUAGUGCCUAUCCUGAAAAAAUCAUCUCUUGACCCAUCCUUCCCUUCUAACUAUCGUCCCAUAUCCCUGCUCCCUUUCUCCUCAAAGCUUCUGGAAAGACUUGUCUUUAUCCAUAUGUCAAACUUCCUCAAUUCCAACUCUCUCCUUGACCCUCGUCAGUCUGGCUUCUGCCUCUCCACUCUACUGAGACUGCUCUUAGCAAAGUUACUAAAUCCAAAGCCCGCUACUCCAUACUAAUUCUUCUUGACCUCUCUACUGCCUAAUUCUUCUUGACACCACUGAUCAUGCUCUCCUUCUUCAAACUCUUCAAUCACUCGGUCUCUGUGACUCUGUCGUCUCAUGGUUUUCCUCUUAUUUCUCCCAAUGCUCAUUCAGCGUCUCCUUUUCUAAUGAAAGCUCCUCCCCUAGUCCUGUCUUGAUGGAGUUUCCCAAGGCUCUGUUCUAUUAUCUCUUUAUACUGCCUCUCUUGGCAAACUUACUACCUCAUUUGGAUUUCACUACCACCUGUAUGCUGAUGACACCUAGAUGUAUAUCUCCUCCACUGCUUGCCUUUCUUUCAUCUCUGACUGGAUGUCCUCCCGCUUUCUGAAACUAAAUCUCUAAAACUGAGAUCCUUGUCUUUCCUCCUCCUAAUUCUGAUCCUCCUCUUUUGCUCUCCCUUCAAAUUAGUGGUAUCCACAUAAGUCCAUCCUUGCAAGCGUGCUGUCUUGGCAUCAUACUUGAUUCUGGCCUCACCUUUUUGCCUCACAUCCAGUAUGUUGCCAAAUCCUGUAGAUUCCCCUUUCUUAUGCAAGAUGCUACCAAGGAACUUGUCCAUGCUCUAGUAAUUUCCUGCAUGGAUUAUUGUAACCCUCUCCUAAAUGGUCUUCCCAAAAUCUGUAUUGCCCUGCUACAAUCUGUAAUGAAUGCUGCAGCCAGACUGAUUUCCUCUCUAGUCUGUCCUCUCACACCUCACCCCUCUGUCAGUCCUUACAUUGGCUUCCUGUAUCCUAUAGGAGUUAAUUCAAAGUGCUAACCCAUUCCUAUAAAGCACUGAACAAUUCUAGCCCCUCUUAUAUCUCUUCACAAACCCAUAGGUAUGCCUCUUCUCGGUCUCUCCGCUCUGCCCAUGACUUUCUCCUGUCCGUUGUUCGCACCCGUACAGCCAACUCACGUUGUGAAAAAAUAUGACCUUCUGAAAAAGAGAGACAUAUUAAUAAUUAAAAAAAUAAAGAAUCUUGUUGAAACAAGAUGAAUACACAAACAUAGCAGUUUUUUCUAUUAAUUUUUCAUCUCUCUAUAAAUACCCCAAUUUUCAGUAAUGCUAGCUGGGCAUUCAAACAGAUAAACAAGCCUUGGGUUUGGAUGUUGCUAAAGCAUUGAUGUUUUACAGUUUUCAAGCAAAUAAACCUAUCAUGAGGCACAUUAUUUGACAGUUUAAUUCUAAAGAAACAGAUUGUUUGGUGUUUGAAACAUGUUUGUUGCCAGUAUUGCCAUAACAAACCAUAGCUACAGCAGUGGAGUGGUCACUUAAUUCUGACACAUUAUAAAUGUGAUAAAAAAUACAAUAAUUUACAAAACGUACAAUACAGCAAUUAUAUAAACUAAUACCAAGAUUAUAAAAUAUAUAUUUUUGUUUGUUCACCUUCACCAUAGAGAACAAGUCUCCUACACCUGCUUCUCAUGUGGAACCUGGGGAUACAUUCACAUACGAUUGGUAUAUACCAGCCUCUUUUGGUUCCACCCCACGUGAUCGAAACUGCUUACCAUGGCUGUACUUCUCAUCUGUGGAUCCUAUUAAAGACACCAAUACUGGACUAGUGGGUCCUUUAUUAGUAUGCCAGGCACUUAAAAAUGACAAACAGGUAAAAAUGAUGCUUUAAUAAACAAAGAGUAGAAUUGCUUCUGUUAAAUAUACUGAAGGUUAUAUAUGGCCUACCGGCUUCUGCAGCUAUUGUCUUCCACAAUAUAUAAUGGUCAGGUAUAUUUUCUAAAGAUAAAUAUUUUGAUGUACUUGUAGAUCCUGCCACUCCUUUCUAAAGCCUAAGAGAGACAAAUUGAGGCUGGAGGUGAUCCCUUACUAUUCAGUGACAUUACUGAGAUAAUGAAAAGGCAUUUUUUUUUUUUACAGCCAGCUCUGAUUGUACCAUUGUUUUUAAUAUGUUGUGAAUAUCUGAAAAACUCCUGUUUAGUUUAACCCCUUAAGGACCAAACUUUUGGAAUAAAAGGGAAUCAUGACAUGUCACACAUGUCAUGUGUCCUUAAGGGGUUAAACCCAUAUAUCAAGCCUUACAAUUUACUUUACUUAGCUCAACAACAACUUGGUUUCAUAAAUGGGAAAGAUAUUUACACUUGAUAUCAGGAUUGCAGAGCAGGAUAGUCACCAAAUGAAAGGGCUUUUUUUUCUUUCUUUGAAACCAAUGUAAAAGAUGAAGACUUAAACAAAAGCUAUGGUUUAAUUGACCUCAUCAUUAUUAAAUUUAGUAAUACAAAUUUAAACAUUUGGAAUCCUUGGCUGUGAAAUUGAUUUUUUUCCCUUUCUUUAAAUAAAGCAUUACUUUUUUUUUUAAUUCCCGUUUUCUGUGAGUACAUUGAAAUUCUAAAUUUAAAAGUUGUGUGUCUAUUUUCCAGUCGCUAAUUCUUUUCCCACCUUUGCAGGUUGGCAUAGAUCACCUCUAUUUUCUUUUGUCAGCUGUAUUUGAUGAGAAUGAGAGCUGGCUUUUGGAUGAAAACAUACAUUUAUUUACAAGCAGUCCUGACAAAGUAAACAAAGAAGAUCCAGACUUCAAAGAGUCUAAUAUGAUGCACUGUAAGCAAAUCAUAUAUAUAUAUAUAUAUAUAUAUAUAUAUAUAUAUUAAUUUAUUAAUUAAAAAGAAAUGAUGUGCAGGUAAAAGUUGGCCACGAGAUAAACACAAAAUUCACUUUUAAUUCCUGACAAUUCUGACUUUAUACUUAUAUGUAUAUGGAAAAAUAAAUAUAAGUAUAGUGAUAACAUGAGACCCGGUAAGUGAUGAAUAAAUAGUAUGAAUAUACACCCCUCAAGAGCCGCUUACCGGCGAGACCGCGUCAGGGCUCAGUAGGACACCCUAUCCUGCAUUAGUCACUCUUUACUCGAGAGACUUCGGCUAUUACUUUUGCAAUGUUGAUUAUGUUAGCUAUAAUCAGAUUUAUAAAAUUCUAGCAGGCUGGGGUGUUGCGAUUUUGGACACUGUGGCUGUUAUUUCUUGCCAAUACCAGAUGGUAUAGUUUCUACCUAGGUACAUCCGUACUAGCUUGCUAUCGUGAUAUUAUUUCUACAUGCCAGUGUCUUACCUUUUUCUUAAACCUUCUUUCACUUUUUUUUAUUUUUUGUUUUACAGUUAGACUAGACUCUUCUCCUAUAUCCAAGAAUCGUUGGUGCCCACUAAGGCACAGUUUAGGGAUCACCUAGUCAUUUGGUACUUAUCUUUAGUCUAACAUUAGACUCUCUUCUUAUACUAUCUAGAUUGUUUAGAGUUAUAACAGCUAGACUACAGUACUUUUCUAUAUCUAGAAUCAUAGGUACCCUCGAAGGCACAGAUUAGGGACCACCUAGAUAGUAGUCGCUGACCUUUAGUCUCACAUUAGACUCUGUCUAUGCCGUUUAUACAAUAUUUUUGCUCCACUUCCAGAUUCGGCUCAAUAAUUUAGGUUUUCUAUUUAGAUUCUAUCUGCAUUACUAUUCACCCUAUUUAUUGUGACUAUUUAGUUCAUAUUCCCCUUUUUUUGUUCCCUUCCUGGUUUUCGAUUACUGUGUAUCAUUUCAAUUUACUCAGACUGUGGCAACAGUGUUUCUUAUCAAAGAAAAACAAUGCUGCCGCCCAUCCCAUGUGUUCCCUAUUAAGGGUUAAUAAGUAUAUAGGGGUGUAUAUAAAAAAUGGCCAGUGGCCAUUGGAGUAACUAAAUGACCUCCAUUUGUUUAAAUAUACAAAGGGAUUAAGGAGAGAGUGCAGGUAACUUGUUUUUCUUUGGUUUUUACUAUAUAUAUUGGGGUUGAUGUGUACUGUAGUCGUUGCUGCCGCCCAGGAGUGAUGAGAGUGAGCGCAGGACUUAUCUUUCUGUAAGUGUUUCUAAUGUUGACUUACUGGGUGUUCACUCUUCUGCAGGGAUUCUAGUCGAUAUAUUUUUAUACACUGUUGCCACCUUGUGUUUUGUUGCAUUUGUAUUAUCUAGUCUAGUGGGUCAUCCUGAUUUUUAUCAGUAUUUCACCAGUAGAUACAGACACCCUUAUAUUACACAUUUGAGCUUCCGAGACACCCUCGUAUUAGACAUUGGAGUGUCCCAGCAACCAUUCUCUAAUUUCUUUUUGAGUUCCCUUUGUCUUCCCAUAUUUUAGUUUUGGUUUAUUUAAGUAGUGUCUUUCCCUUUUUUUUUAACGAAUACCUGAUAAAUGACAUGUUUUUAGACGUCUACCCUAUGUUAUCUUUAGGACUGUAAACACUCCUUUUCCUUUUUCUACUUUUUCUAGUUGUUGUCAGACCAACAGCCAUUAGAGGAGCUUCUGCAGCACAGACCGAAUAAAACCCAGUCAUGUGACAUGGAAAACAUGGUUCAAUGCUUUCCUAUGGAAAUGUUUGAAUAUAUGUAGUGCUUGCAUUACUUGCCGUGCAUGCGUAUUAGGUCCCCCAUUGCUCCUCAACGAGGAGGCUUUAUUUGGACCGCACCAGAGGAGUCCCUGCCUCCUUUAUGACGGUGCCUGGGGAGGAGAGGUGAGCAGUGCUGUGGGAGCGUACCAAACAACUACUACCAAACGGCAGAGGCCUAGUACUACUAGGGACAGAAACACUAUAAUGUUAGGAAUACAGAUUUCUACUCCUAACGUGCUAAUGUUCCUUUCAAUAAUUUGAUUCAUACUCUAUCGCUUUCAUGCUCUCUGAUGCCACAGUUGGACAGUUCAAUGGUAAUAAUUUUCUGUUUUGUAUACUGUGUUCAGCUAUCAAUGGUUACAUGUAUGGAAAUCAGCCUGGUCUGGAAAUGUGCACAGGGAAUUCAGUUCUCUGGUAUGUGAUGGGAAUCGGGAGCGAGGUAGACAUGCACGGAAUCCACUUUACUGGAAACACUUUUACAGAUCACCAUUCUGGAAGAAGAGAUGUAGCAAGUGUUUUUCCACACAUUUCUAUUUCAGCUUCCAUGCGACCUGACAAUGCAGGUAAAGGACCACAAAUAGAAGAUUUUUGUUAAACCGCUAAAUACUGUGUAAUAGAGAGUGGUGCAGUGUACACUGGGGCAAUAGCAGUUUGUGUAUAAUGUUUAUAUAACAUACCUCUCAACACUAGGUGGUAUUAAAGGAAUGCUCCAAGUGCCAUAUUCAUCUCAGCCUGUGGUGCUAGGUUUGACCUGUGUCUUCUCAGGGUAAGUAAUCAAAGCUUGUGCACGCAGUUUGACAACUUACCUAGGGUCCAACAGCAGUGCCAAUCACAGCCUCUUCUGUGGACUAUCAUGGCAGCUCAGUGCAAAGAGCGUCUGGCUGCACAAGAGGAGCUGACUUGCACAAACAGUUUGACUACUUACCUUGGGAGGGCAUUCAUAAUCACUACAGUGGGCUGCAGUAGUUAUGGUUCUUGGAACAUUUAUUUUAAUUGGGUCAGAGGGUCAAUAAGCCUACAGUGACACUAUUUGCAUGACAGACAAUGCCCAAAAGAGGCAGCCUGUCUAGUGCUUUUGGGAUGUGUCCAGAUGCAGAAUAACCUGAGGCAGAAGGACAGGAGGCAGCAUUUUAGAUGAUUCUUCCAAAUGACAGUUGGGUGGUUUGGUAUACCAUGGAUAGGGUAAUGUGUAUAACUUGCCUCAGCAGGAUUGUUUUUCUUAUAGGAUAUUGUUUAUUUUAUUUACUAAGCUUAGAACUGUUAAUAAAUGUAAAACCACAUUGCUAAAUUUAGGCUAAAAUAACAUAAAAAAAUCCAAGGGCUUCCAAAACUUCACUUUUUGCAGAAAUUUUUCCAUUCGGUUUUCAAUUCACUUUAAUUUGAUGUUCUGUACUCUAUUGAUAAAUUUGUCUGACACCCCUUUUUGCAACAUUAUGUGUUGAAUCAUGUAGGAAAAAUCUUAGGUUAUAUAGACUCUUUUUUUACCAGAAUUCAUUAAUAAGUUGGGCUGGUAGGUUUAUCUAACAUACUCAGAUAUUGUGCAAAGUUUAUGUAAUAAGCACUUGGAUACAUACACACUUACUUAUAUACAUGCAUACAUAAAUUAAGUAUGCAACACUCUGUAUAUUAUAAUUUGUGAAAAUCAUCAACUGAAAAAUAACCAACACCCCAAAUUGUGAAGUGUUACAGAAAACAAAUUACAUCUCUCAGGCUGAAAUUAAUUAAGUAAGAAUUGAAAGCAGGGGAAGGCAGUAUAAAUAUAUUACAUGCAUAGAGGCCAAUAUCAAUGGACAUCUUGAUAUGGAGAUGAGCUGAGUACUGUGUUUCAAAUUUGAACAAAACUAAAAAAUACUUAAAUAGUUACAGCCAGAGGAAGGCAAGAACAUAGGCCACCUGUUUUAAAGUAAAUCUAAAUUGCAUACGAAACAUAUGUACAAACAUUGUACCAGAGAUGUGUAAUGGAAAUGCCUUCUUCCUUAGGUCUUUUUGAUGUGAAGUGCAUGACCACGGACCAUUUUACCGGUGGCAUGAAGCAACAUUAUCGGGUUAAAGAUUGCAGCAGCCAGAAGAAGUCUAAAAUUGUAAUCCCAUCUAGACAGACAUAUUACAUUGCAGCUGAAGAAGUAGAAUGGGACUAUUCUCCAAAUCGCACUUGGGAACAUGAGAGACAUCAACACCAUGACGAAAGGUACUCCUCAUAGACUCUAUAAUGCAAUAAUAAAAUACGGCUUUUGAAUACCAGUGUGCCAAUUGAGGGAGUAGUAGUCUCGUGGCCAAUUUGUUACUAAUUUUCAGUUAAAUAAAUUAGAAACAUUUGAUGAGAAUAAGACAGAUAUAUAAUUUAAAGUGGCACAGCAGGCACUAUGACCUCUCAUUAAAGUGGUUAUUGUGUGUGGACAUUCCUUGCACUAUACCACAGUUCAGUGUGGAACCUUCUUUGCAUAGUUUGAAACUUAACGAGGGUCCCAGAGUGCCCAUGACUCUCCUUCCACUGGCGGUAUAUAUAAUGCAGAGUAACAUUCCACAUUAGCCAUACCAGUUCAUACCAGCAAAGGCCAUAGUUGAGAGCGCUCAGCUGCCAUUUUCUGCUUAUCACUGCCAUUCACCUUUGCACAGGCUAAUCUGGAAGAAUUAUUUUAUUAGCAGAUAUUGUCCAUGUUGGGGCUUAGAGCCAUUAUUCAAUGUUAAACUAUUCAGAAAUGGUUUAACACUGAUCUGUGGGAUGGUACUAAGAGAUCACAGGUACCAUAACCACUUUAAUGUGAUGAUGUAGUCAUGAUAUUUAGACUGCCCAUUUGGCAAAGUCUGAAAACUCCUAGUAGAAAAACAGGAUUGCAUGAGUGCAAAGAAGCGAAAUAGCCAUAGGAUGAAAAAGCAACCGUCAGCCUAAUUACGUUAUAUAAUACAGUACAUCCCCAAUGUAGAGGUAAAUGUAUAUUGGUUCUGUAUAAAGCACUCCACUCUGAAAGGCCAACGGCUGCUUGUUCACCCUUAGGCUGUUUCACUUCUUUGCAUGUUUGUCAGGUGGGAGAUGCAAUGUUUAUAUUGCCGGUUUACUUCCUCUUCUUGUCAAAUAUUUUAUUGAAAGAUUUUUAUUUUUAACCCCUUAAGGACGGCUGGCAUUCUAUGCCGUCCUUUUCAGGGUGGCUCUAAACGCCGGAGAGCGGUGCGUUUGUGAUCCUCUGAACGAUCCGGCCCUCCCAGGCCAUGUGAAUGCGGGGUCCUCAUGAUCACAUGGCCGAAAUAGCUGGCUUAUGCAGUGCCUGCAGGGGGACUGUCUGAACUCUCAGGCUGUCCCCCUAAUGCCUGCAAAAAAAGUUUAGAAAGUCAAUAAAAGUUAUUAAAAAGUUUAAUUAAAGGUAAUAAAAUCACUUAGAUCAUAUAUAUAUAUAUAUAUUUGUGCUCGGAAUUUAAUAUGUAAUGGAUAGUGUCUGAGAUGAAAGUUUGGUUGUGGUGUGCCGAAACCAACGUCCGAGUGGGCCUGUAAAUAAAAGUGGGCCCACCAAGGAGAAUUGUAUUGUUUUAAGGGUGCAGGUGGGUGGGAACACUCGAAUUUGAACAUCAGAGGUGAGUAGGGGCUGGGAGUUUAAGUAGGGGACUUACUCCUCUCUCAAAAUCGCCUGGAGGAAAAAGGUGAGGAGGUGAAGGGGCCAAUCAUGAAACUUUGUGCUAUUUCAGCGGAAAGAAGAGCGUCUGUGGAGAUUGGGACAUUCCAGCGUGCCUGGGGGAAUGGCUACGAGACCCGUGAGAAAGCCCUGGGUGAACCCUGCUGACAAAUAUUCCACUAGAUGUCUGCUCGGAUGAGGUUUCAAGUAAAAAAACAGGUUGUCAAUAUUAAUGUCGGAUAGUCAUUUGUUAGGGGACAACCUGAAUGGGUACAUGGUCUUUGUGUGUACCCUGAAGCAGAUAGAGCAGAUGUGCAACAAUCUACAGGCGCUGAAGCUGCAGGAACCUGCAUUGAAAUUGUUGCACAUCUGAGCUUUCCCUAGAAAGGAGAUGGGUCUACCCAGUUUAUCCCGUUGACCACCCUCUUGUUUAUUGUGAGGGGUGGGAGUGGGGGUGGAUGGAACAGCCACAGAAGGGCACAAAUCAGCCAAAUGGGUUGAAGAAUUACAUAUAGCACAAGACGGGGCCUCACACCAGCGAAGUGGCGACAGAAUAAUUCUGUAUCCAUCUGACACCAGUUAAUUCUUAUUUUAAACUGCUUCAGAUGUGUCGCCGCUUUCGCUGAUAUUGAUUUAUGAUAAUCAUAAAUAUGAGCCCACGUACUUGAUGCCCAAAUCCACCACUUUAUGGAGAUAGAAGUCCAGUUCCUCUCUCCUGUGGGGAUAUACCGAGCAAAUGACAUUGCGGUAUAUCCCGAAAGCCAAUACGAAAUUGGGAAUAGAUAAUUUUUUUGUUUAGCCUAGUGUCUCUGGUUUUAAGCACCACAGAAAUAUCCCCGAAGUUAUAAGCCCGGUUCUCCAGCACGUCUUGGGAGGCUAUAAGCAAUGACACCAGACACACAUCCUUCCCAUCCAGGAUUUCUUUCCUAAUGGAGUCUAGGACGGAGUGAGCUGGUGACACGAAAGUUGACGUAUCUGAGGUAGGAGCUGAAGGGGGAAGUAUAGGGGCGGGUGUUGGUGCAGCAGAGACUGCCGGUGUGAGGGCUGAGAGGCCAGGGAGGUUACCUGGGGAGGCGAUGGCACUUUCCACCUUGCUUGUUCAGGGUCUGCAGAUUGGCCAGGAUUUCCGCAAGGGUGUCUUGGGUGGCUGUGCAAGCACCAGAUGGUUGACCUGGAGAGCCAGUGCCUGGCCUAGGCUAGGGGGUCUGAAAGUCUGUAAAGUUACGCCUUACGGGCCGUAGCUGGAAAGGGGAUGCCGUAAUUCAGUUCAGCCGUAAUUUUAGGAAAAGUCCAUGCUCUCAAGGACGUAGGGGUAGAGGGGGCGAACGAUUCACCUGGCGACUCGGGUCUGAUAGGAGUAAACGGAAUCUCAUUGGUAGGCAACUCGUCAAUGGGAGCCGGAUCUUGAAACAGUCUAAAAACGAAUUAAUGAUUUGGGUUUAGUAGGGGUGUAUGAGAGAAUGAAAUGAGGGGGGGCAGGGGGGUUCCUAAGGUGAACUGGACUGUAAGGCUAUUGCAGAAGCAAAAAACUUAACUAUGACUAGUGACAGAUGAGGCCCUACUAGUGCCAAAUGGCGGUGAGAGGCUCUAUCUAUGAUUUGGCCGAGGUAAGUACGUGGCCACAGAUGUGGUGGCGGGAUGUUGGCCUCUCAAUGACAUUUAAGAGGUUCAAAACGUGUGGCCAUGGAAAGUGAGGCCCUGUAGAAAGGCGAAUGAGGCGUUUAUCUAUGAUUUGGAUGUGGGGCCGUACCUCCGUGUUGAGGUGGGAGAUGGCCUUACGGGACAUGAAAAUACCUUGUUAAGCUAGGCCUGGAGCCCAGUCCCUGUAAGCCAGUUCACGCACCUUCUAUGGGAUACUUGUAAAUUAUGUAAUGGUGGAUACUAACCUUGAUAGUGAUUAUACCAUGGAGCUUAAACCUUUGAGUAUUUAAGUAGAGAGGCACGGUAGUUGGCGAUAUCGUAGAAGAGGCCUAGGGGAGAUGUUGAUCUGUGUGAGCGUGACGUAUGAGCGCAACGUGAAAUCCUGACAGAGCGACAAGUUUAGAGUGAAGGCUGCCUGAGGCCUUGAAAAACAUAAACUGAAGUAAAUAAAUACAAUACUUGGUAUGUAAGACAAGAACCAGGAUUUGGCAAUUUAGCUGUAAUAUAUAACAAAAUGGUACGAUCUGUGGAGACCAAAGAAAUUUUAACAGAGCUAAGAUUAACAUCUGCACAUAAAGAAAUGGUGUAAUAUUGUGUAAUUUUAACAGCUAAGUUCGUUAGAUUGGGCAAGCUACAGAAACCUUUAUUAAACAUGAAGAAAGGAACCAACCAAUAACGUAAAAAACCACAAGGUGGCGAUAACAACUCACUAACUGGCAUAUGAAAACUGACACAAGCCGCAAUGGGAAAGCAUGUGAGAAAGUUUUGCAGAUAGAAGCAAUAUGCCGUGAUAUCUAUUAGAAAUGUGUAGAAAACUGAGAAUGCAUCCUUUACAAAUACUGUUAAUAAGCAUAGCAUGGACUCUGAUAUACCCAACAGACUCUAUCCUAAUGCAGUUUCACAUAAACAAUACGUUACCUAGGCAACAAGUUAACCGAAGCCGGUAUGUGGUAUAAUGAGAAGGGGUAUUUACAUACCACGAACCCUACGAGUUCGUGGGGGGGGGGCGGUACUGACGAAAGGUUGUACCAACUGAUCCCCGAGGUGCCUUAGCGUGGAAACCGUAGGUGGUCUCCGUUAAAAGUUAUUGUGGUCCCAUGUGCAUUCUGGCCCCCUGGUAAGACCGCCGAACGGCAUGCAGGAGACCGGAAUGAGGGUGUAAGUGUUACUCACGGUUGGCUGUUAGGAAGCCAGAUCGCCGCACCGGACGGAGGAUUCUGCCGGAGACUGCAGCUGGAUAGGACGCCCGGACCGGAAGUCAGUGAAAUCGGAAACACUCGAACUUGAACGUCAGAGGUGAGUAGUGGCUAGGAGUUUAAGUAGGGGCCUAACUCCUCCCACAAAUUCAGGCCUAAUGGCCUUUCUACAUAUAUAUACAUAUUUUAAUUCUACAUAUAUAUUUAUAUUAUAUUUUUACAUAAUUAAGUAAUUUAGAAUUUGGUUCGCAAGCCCUAUAUUUAACCCUGUAACUUUCCAAGACGCUAUAAAACUGUACUAUUUUACUUGGGAGACUUCGCUGAACACAAAUAUUAGUGUUUUAAAACAGUAAAACAUAUCACAACAAAAAUAUCAUCAGUAAAAGCGUCAUUGUUUGCAUUUUUUACACACAAAUGGCACUUUACGUACAAAGGAAGAAAAGAGGUAAGGUCUCUCCUGGGAUAAAUUUCCAAAUUAGGUCAUAACCCUGGGUAAUAUAUAACAAAAAAGACAAACUACAGUCCCUAGCUACAUAGAGAGAGGAACCAAGGUGAGGAAAUUCCCAUAACAAAUUAAAUUACUUAUUACUAGGACAAAGGAUCCAAGAAUGCAAAUGAAAAAAAUACAUUAUAGGUAUGAGAUUAAAUAUGAGAUAAAAAAAAAAAAAAAAACUUUGACAUAAAGCCUCUAUAAUUUUGGGAAAUUCCUUUAUUAAGUAUUGGGGCAUGGUAAAGUGGUCUAUUAACUAAAUGACUAUUAAGAGCGAGGAAGAUAGGAAAACUGCAUUAUUAAAGUUAUAAAGAUUCUGAUAAAGUGCAGGGUGGGGGAGAGAGUCCUUUGAAGAUCAGUAGUUUAAAAAGACAACCUUUAUAAAUGCUACAUAAGGAGCAACAAAGUACUUGUAAUGUUGGAGUUAUCAAUAUUGUGAACUACUAGCUACCGUGUUUUCCCGAAAAUACACCCUACCCCGAAAAUAAACCCUAGCUGGAUUAUCUGAGUGGGCUGCAAUAUAAGCCCUACCCCGAAAAUAAGACCUAGGCAGGGCCGGCGGCUGCCGUCCUUUAAAUGCCACAGCCGACUGAGCACUCUAUAGAGAGCGCUCAGACGGCUGCCGCACUGCCUCACCUCCCCUUCCCUGUAGCGUGGCUGAGCUCCUGGGAAGUGCACUUCCUGUCAGUCCGGCCGGGUCGCAGACCGGAGAGGAGCUCGGCCACGCUACAGGGAAGAGCAGGUGAGGAGAAGAUUGGGGGGGGGGGAGUAUUACAGGGAGAGAGGGAGGGGGAGGGAGAAUAUUACAGGGAGGGAGGGAGGAGAAUAUUACAGGAGGGGGAGAGUAUUACAGGGAGGGAGGGAGGAGAAUAUUACAGGGAGGGAGGGGGGAGAAUAUUACAGGGAGGGAGGGAGAGAAUAUUACAGGGAGGGGGAGGUGAGGGUCUCUGGGGGGGUUACACAGCGCGGACACCGGCUGACAGACUGGCUCUAAGCCCUACCCUGGAAAUAAGCCCUAGUGUGUUUUUUGUGACUAAAAUUAAUAUAAGACCCGGUCUUAUUUUCGGAGAAACACGGUAGCAUAGAUUCACCUAUGACCCUCUAAUACCCUUUAGAAAUGCUACAUAAUAUACAACAAAGAUGUUAUUGAUAGUUUUUGAUUAUUUUAAUGUAGUUAAAUUCUAGGUAACAUAGAUUCUACUAUAAUUGCUUAAUACCUUGGGAUAAAAGAUCCCUACAUACCACAUUAACUCAAUUAGAAAUAAGCAAAUAAGAUAGUUAGACAUAGAGCUGCAAUCUCUUCAAUUCUAGAAGAAAUCCCAUACCCUUGUGCUUCCCAAAAAUAAAUAAGCCUAAAUCAUAAUGCUAACUACAAAUAACCAAAGUCAAACAUUUAAAUUUUCAAAAACGCCUGACACGCGUUUCGACACUAAAGAUGUUGUGCCUUCAUCUGGGGCUAGCGUUGAAUGACCUCCCAUAGCCUGCUUUUUGAAGGGAAGGUACUAAACAGUUGAACCAGCCCCUGAAUAUUUUAAACCAAUCAAAUGAAAUCAGGGGUUGGCUACAUCGUGAGUCUAUUCCCCUUAUGUUAAUUUGGGGGCGGGCUUGUGACGUAAUGGCUCGCACAUCCGUAAGAUGGGAACACCAUUGUCCAUUCGGCACACCCCCUACUUUUAGAUUUGGGAAGGUGGACUGUAUAUUCCAUCAUACGGAAUGUUCUCCGCCCCAUUCAUCCAUCGGCCAAUUGCAGUGAUGGAAAAAAGGCCGUAGGCGGAGACCAAGUCAGAGUGUCCCCGUCCUGCUACAAUGGCACUGGGCAUUAUACCCUAUUUUGCUUUAUGACUUCCCCACAUAACCAAUCGCAAAGAGGGGUCACCACGGAAAGGAAUGAAUCCACACUGCCGUGAAUGAAGCAAGUAAUAUACAAUUAAAAGGAGAGGACCGAGUACUCUGAUAUUACAAGCAGUUAACUCCGCCCAUGUAGUUAGGGACUGUUGUUUGUCUCUUUUGACAAAUGGCACUUUCACUGAUGAUAUAGUUGUUGUGAUACAUUUUACUGUUUUGAAACACUGAAAUUUGCAUUCAGCAAAGUCUCCUGAGUAUAACAGUACCCCACAUGUACAGGUUUUAGUUUUUGUUUUGUUUUUAAAGUUACAGGGUCAAAUAUAAGGCUUGCAUUUAUGCUUUUUCACAUUGAAUUUUGCCAGAUUGGUUAUGUUGCCUUUGAGACCGCAUGGUAGCCCAGGAAUGAGAAUUACCCCAAUGAUGGCAUACCAUUUGCAAAAGUAGAAAACCCAAGGUAUUGCAAAUGGGGUAUGUCAAGUCACUUUUUUAUUAGCCAAUUAGUCACAAACCCUGGCCAAAAUUAGCGUUCAAUUAAAUUUUUUGCAUUUUUCACAUACAAACAAAUAUGAACACUAACUUUGGCCAGUGUUUGUCACUAAGUGGCUGCUAAAAAAAAGGACAUACCCCAUUUGUAAUACCUUGGGUUGUCUACUUUUGCAAAUGGUAUGCCAUCAUGGGGUUAAUUUUCAUUCCCGGGCUACCAUAUGGUCUCAAAGGCAACAUAACCAAUCUUGCAAAUUUCAAUGUGUAUAUACUGAAAAAGGUAACAUGCUAUAUUUGACCCUGUAACUUUCCAAAACACCAUAAAACCUGUACAUGACGGGUACAGUUUUACUUGUAAGACAUCGCUGAGUACAAAUAUGUGUACUUUAUUGCAAUAACGGCUAACAGUAUUAUGACAUUCACAGUUAAAAUGCCAUGCAGAAGUAAAAAAAAAAAAAAUUUCUUAAUUUCUCACAUUUAUUUAUAUUUUAUUCAUAUAAAAUUAUGUUUUAUAUAUAAAUAUUGGAUUUCACAUGAAAGCCCUAUUUCUCCUGAACAAAAUUAUAUUUGAUAAGUGUGGAUGUAUUUAAUAUGAAAGAGGUGAAUUAAAAGACAAAUAGUGCAAAUUUCAGGUUUUGUUAAUGUUUUGUUUUGAUCAUAACUUUUACAAUUGGUUUAGUCCUUAAGGGGUUAGCGCUAAUAAUAAUAAUAAUAAUAAUAAUAGUAAACCAAUAAAAUAUACAGAAUACAAAAUAAAAAUACACUAGAGUCUAGUAGCAGCACUAGAUUUAAUAUUAAGUGUAUGUUUGUCUAAGUGCCUUCCUACACACAGAGUUCUGAAUUCUCUCUGAAGAUUAGCAGUUCCAGAAAGAAUAGUCAAUGGAGUUCCUUCAACAAAUUAAUUGGUUUGAGACGAUUAAAAUGUUUUCUUUAAAAAAUAUUAACUGGCCAUCAACAAUGCUGUAGAUGAAGUACAUUUUAAUUAGUAUUUAUAUGAUGGGGUUUCACAGUUACUUUACUGACCAGGACUUUUCUAAAAUGUUUAAAUAUUGCUACAGGUAUUGAAUAAGUCUACCUUUUAUAGGCUAUUCUCAAUUCUAAUUAUGUAAAUUUUCACAGUUUUUUAUUUACUCAGCCUUCACAAAAUGUGGUGGUGGGAUAAUCUGUUUUACAGAUUGAUAUUUAAAAUGUUAGCAUAGGUGCAGAGAUACAAUGUUUGUCUUGUGCAGUAGGUAUGACAGAAAUAGAUAAAAUUUUGCCAUUGUUAUUGGUAUUUGUAACAAUGUAAUGUGAGUUUAAUGAAUGUGCUCCCCAAAACAUUUUCUAAAGACCUUGGAUAUAAUAUAAGCUCAUGAUGGGUAAUUAGAUAGAUGGAAGUCCCAAUUCUCCUAAACUUAUAGCAGUCCUGAUUUUUAAAAUAAAACAAAACAAAAAAAUAAUACUAAAACAGCCCUUGAGGUACUGCAAGAUGUGUAUUCAAGCAUGCAUGAUAUUGUAAUCUUGACUAAUUACCUCUAAAUUCUGUUACUAAAAUGUGGUUUUGUUUGUUUUUGUUUUUCUAUAAACUGUAUUCUGAUAUAAAUCAAUUUCCAAUUAUCUUUGUAUUUUAGUCCAGGAGAAGUGUUUUUAAAGAAAAGUGAUACAUUUAUUGGUUCAAAGUAUAAAAAAGCAGUAUAUCGUGAAUAUACAGACAAGACAUUUACUACACCCAAAGCAAGGACUCAAGAGCAAGAACAUUUGGAGAUUUUAGGUAAUUAGACCUGAACUGAAAUUGUGUGAAAAACACACACAAAACUGUAUUAUUGAAAUAUUGUUUUUCUGAAGGAAACAUUUAACAUUAUAUCUUUUAUUUUAAACUUAAUAGUGAAAUCAACUGCCUGUAUGUUGUCUUUGUGGAAAAUUUAUUUUUUACUAAACUUAAAUAUUAGCACUAAUAUUAUAUUAUUUCCCUAAUAUGAAUGAAUAUUCACAUCCUUCAUUUACAGGCCCGCUUAUAAAGGCAAAUGUAGGAAGUCAAGUUAAAAUCAUCUUUCAUAACAAGGCAAGCAGACCAUAUUCAAUAUAUGCCCAUGGUGUAAAAACAGAAGGUGAUUCAGUCCAGCCUGCUGAACCAGGUAAAGACCAUUACUGUGUUGGAGUAGCAACAUCAUUUAUCUAAAAUAAUUAUUGUAUUUGACAGACUGGAGAGUAGGUAUAGCUGUAAAAAAUAUAAUUCGUAAGGAACAUGUUUAAACUGACUUUGCUUCUCUGCAAUUCACAUAGGGUCUAUGCUAUUAGUGACUAUAUUACAGAUUAGAACAUUACAUUUCUUUGGACCUUGAGUAGAAUUGACAUCUACUUGUCUAUCUUCCUGUCACUCCAUGAAAAUCCUAGUAAAAGAGCAGGACAUUUUAACUUACUGCUAGUUGUGUCCCCAUUACAAAGACCUGAGUUUUUCUUUGAGUUGUCAUUAAUUUAAAAUUGUUUAUUUGAUGGGAUUUCAUGGGGGGAAUUUGUACUGAAAAAAGUUCAAAAAGGUUUUCAUGGUUUGCAAGAGAAGAAUACUACAAGCAUAAUCACAUACAAUUUGCAUACCAGGUAUGAAGCUAGGUAAGAACAGGAUGAGUGGGGAAUAGCCUGGCACAAGGGCAAUGCCAAUGACACAUCCUAUCUGGUUGUAAAAGGGACUUGUCAACCCAGUAUAUCUGACAUGCAUCCUGCAUAACAGUUUAAGUGUUCUUGUGUUGGAUAGCCUAGUGUACUAAAACAUGCUUUAACAUGCAUCAUGUAGUAGUUUUGGUAUAAAGAGACUGUCUCUGCAGUACCUCAAUAGCAGAUAGCGCCUUUCUUGCCCCUGAGGACACCUCCAGCAGAUGUAUCUCAGAAACGCUUUCUAUCAUGGUCCUGCAGUCUUUAUAGGACCGAAUUUGCUCUACAUAAAGAUAUCAAACGUUCCAUUAGAGAUGUAUUGGGGUUUUGCAUUUUCACAAGGAAAAGCAAUUGGUGCAGUAGUGUGAUUUCCACACAUGCACUGUAGUCCUGAAUACUUCACUAUUGGGAAGCAUUAGAUUGGCUAAGGUCGCCCAUAAGUAUGAUCUCAGCCAAUAGAGGAGCAGCAACUGCAGUGGGAGAGAAGGUGAGAAACUAUUUAAUUUAACUGGUAUAGACCUGUCUGAAAUAUAGUUUUCUCCCACAGAAGGUGUGUUCAUUACAAUCCUAGUAUCUAUAGACUAUAACUCCUUAUGUUGCUUACCGUCUUGCCAACCUGUCGGUUAACUGAACCUCAUUAGGUCUAUAGCCAACAGCAGCUUGAUUGCCAUAAUAUUUAAGUAUCAGUGCCACGAAACCCUGCCCUUUUAUAUUGAUGUGAGGAAGAAAUAAGGGCAAUCCUGAGCAAAAGUACAUUAUAACAGAGGGAAAAAAAUACUUUUUUUUGGCCUGAAUCAUGUUAUUCUCUUCAAUUUUGUCCUGGUCAAGUUUAUAUUAUUGAAUAUAUUUUAGAAAUAUAUCAAAUAGGUUUUUACCAGAAGGACAUUCCAGUGACACUCUGGGCACCAAUACAAUUUAUGUGUAUUUCAUUGGUUUUUGCAUCAAAUGCAUGCUGUAUUUUUCCACUCAUUCAAGUCUCUUGAGUUUUGAAAAUAAAAAAAUGUUUUGCAGCUUUUUACAGUGUAACCCCAGUCCUCUUAGCCACACCCCAUCAUUUCCCAAAGCAGUUUCCUUUUAAGAUGUACAUUAUGCAAUGAACACUGUAACAAUAAUACUGUCUGAUAAAGCACGCUAAGCGUUAAAAAUUGGCAAAGCAAUAAAGAGACAAAUUAGAAUAAUACAUAAUUACUCAAAAUAGCCUUAAUGUACUAAUAACGUAAAACAUAUAUAAUUGAUCUAUUAAGAUUGUAAUAUAAUUUUGUUAUAUCCAAACUGAUAAAACACAAUGUAUCUUGAUUAUACACAGGGCAAACACGAACUUACAUCUGGGACAUCCCUGAGAGGUCAGGACCUAGUCGCAAUCAUGAUGCAAACUGUGUGACAUGGGCUUACUAUUCUAAUGUGAAUCAAAUUAAGGUGAGUUUUUUAAAAAAAAAAAACCUUUUCCAGUUGUUUCAGACGAAUAAGUACUAAUAGCCAUAAGCCAUAAGACUUGCUUUUCCCACAGAAAUCACAAAUCUGCAGUGAUGUUACUACCGCAAUGAAUUCUGGGUGGGCAUAUGCAAAUAUUUUAACAAACAAUCUAAUUUUUGCUUCAAUCCAUGUUAAACAUGGGUUCAUUUGAGUCUGUGUUUGCUGUAUACCACAGCUUUGAAACACAACUUAGUAAAAGAUACAAAGCUAGUGAACCACUCAUGGACAGCCAGUGGCGGCAAUAGACUUUAUGAGGCCUUAGGCGAAACUCAAACAUGAGGCUCCCAAAGUAAAAAAAAAUAAUAAUAAUAGGGGUUGCAUUGUGUGCAUAAGGUGCUGUAGUUGUAUUGAACAAGCUUGCAGUGCUGGAUACAGAGAGCUAGUCUCUGUAUUCAUUGUUCAGAGGCUUGCAGUGUUUCGGCUCCCUGUGCCGUGGCAUUGUGAUCUCUCUAACUGUAGUUAUGGCAUAAUAUGCAAACGAACUUAAUUUGCAAUAAACAAAUUUAAUUAGCAAGUAUGCCAAUCAUUUAUACACGACUGAGGGGUAUGGUUACAUAGCCUUGCAUUCGUAUAUACAACAGUGCCUAUUUCUGAGUGUAUCUGGCAUUGUCUACCUGUGUGUGACAAGGUUUGGAGUGAGAGUUGCACAGUUGGAGAACAGGAUUGUAAGCAGUGUGUAACGGAUCACCUGGCACCCCGACUGGGUAACUCCGUUGAUGGAUGCUACUAGCGCUUCCAAGCACUCUAGCCAACACCACAACCACCGCAGGCCGAACCUCUCUUCCUUCAGAGCGAAGCAGGAACGAGCUCUUAAAAGAGCUUAGGAGUGAUUAUAGCAAGGGAAUAUGCAGAGCAUAGCAAUCCCUUGUAGCAGAUUCCCCCAAUAAGAGAAAGGACUCAAAAUUAAGGGUAAAAUACCUUUACUGAGAGGGUAGUGGAUGCAUGGAAUAGCCUUCCAGCUGAAGUGGUAGAGGUUAACACAGUAAAGGAGUUUAAGCAUGCGUGGGAUAGGCAUAAGGCUAUCCUAACUAUAAGAUAAUGCUAGGGACUAAUGAAAGUAUUUAGAAAAUUGGGAAGACCAGAUGGGCCGAAUGGUUCUUAUCUGCCGUCACAUUCUAUGUUUCUAUGUUUCUAAGUAGAACUGUCUAAAACUUUAUUUUACUUGGGACUAGCCCAUAUGGUCAUUACAUUAACAUUCCUGUCAAAUCAUAGCAGGCAACAUACAGUGACUUAUUAUAACAUAAUUACAUAUUUAUAAAUGGGUGGGGAAGACCAUAAUUAACACAAAAUGUCUCUCCUGCAUGCAGAAUUAGCGAUAUGCAAAUCUACCCAAAUAUGCAAAUUACCAGUCUUGCUAUUCAGGUAGUGCAUAUUACUGUUGCUACCAACAGAGGGCACUACACAAGAUCCAUAGCCAAAUCCACCUAGUUGGUAGCAAUCCUCAGCAGUACAGGAGAGCAGGCAAUACAUCCCAGGGGCCUCAGCAGUACAGGAGAGCAGGCAAUACAUCCCAGGGGCCAUAGUCACAUGGCAGGAGGCUGGCAAUCAGUCUUCUCCAAUGCCCAGUGGUGAGGCUGGGGCCAUGGUGCGAAAAUUGAUCCAUGCCCCCCCCCCCCGCGCGAUUACUCUGCGGGUAGGAGGGCAGUGACAGGGUAGGGGGUGGUAGAGUGGCUGAGACAGGGUAGGGGGUGUUGGAGGGCAGUGACAGGGUAGGGGAUGGUAGGGGGUCAGAGGGUGGUAAGGUGGCUGUGGCAGGGGGUUUGUGACAGGGCACGGUGACUUCGGCAGGCGGUGGUAGGGGGCUGGGGCAGUGGGAGGUAGGAGGGCUGAGGCAGAGGGUGGCUGGGGCAGAGGGUGGUAGGAGGGCAGUGACAGGGUAGGUGGGCAGAGGGUGGUAAGGUGGCUGUGGCAGAGGGUGGUAGGGGGCAGAGGGUGGCUGGGGCAAAGAGUGGUAGGAGGGCAGUGAUAGGGUAGGUGGGCAGAGGGAGGUAAGGUGGCUGUGGCAGGGGGUGGUAGUGGGCAGAGGGUGGCUGGGGAAGAGGGUGGUAGGAAGGCAGUGAUAGGGUAGGGGGGCAGAGGGUGGUAAUGUGGGUGGGAGUGGUAGGGGGCUGUGACAGGGUAGGGGGGCAGCGGGUGGUAAGGUGGCUAUGGCUGGGGGUGGUAGGAGGGCUGUGACAGUGCAGGGGUCACAAAUACCUUUUAUAAUAAAUGUAUUCCCUGGUGGUCCAGUGGGCACGCAGUAUCCCGAUUCCCUGGUGGUCCGGUGGGCUCCCUUUACGGUUUGCAGCUCCACCGGGUGCAGAGCUGCAGACCACGUAGUAAGUCUAGUCUCGCGAUUUCAGUCAGUCAGAGCGUUGCCCUUGUAACCCGCAGCAACGCUUUGAUUGGCUAAGAUCGCGAGACAACCUCAGUCUGCAGCUCUGCACUUGGCUGAGCUGCAGACAAGCUGUCUCUCUCCUGGGUCGGCAUAGGAGGGGCCUCGGGCCCCCUCUUGUGUCAACAUGUCACUGCCCUAAGGCUAUUUAGGCAGCCGUGAGGCCCCCAUCAGCGCGAGGCCUUAGACGGCCGCCUAAAUCACCUAAUUAGAGAGCCGCCUCUGUGGACAGCUGCUUCAUUGUUAAUGCAAAUCAUCAGCAGAAUCCUUUGCGGCAGUAACAUCAUUGCAGAUUUGUAUUUUCUGUGGGAAAAGCAAGUCUUAUGGCUUGACUGGUGUGCGGAUUUUUGUUUAACAUUGUAUUAACUAUCCACAGACUUCAGGUAGAAGGGGUUUUCAAUCACAAUUUUUCCCCACCAUAACCUAUUUGGAUUUUGAGAUAUACAUAUAUAUAUUUGUGGUCGGAAACCAUAGCCGAUCGUGAAUUAUAUAAAUGCUAGCUUCUAAUAACAGUUAAAUUAGAAUACUAAAAGUCAGUGGUGGUGUGCCGAAACCGAUGAGUGGUUAGGCCUGUAAUAAAGAGGGCAAAAAAUAAGCAAUACUUUAUUAAUCCAGAUAUGAUACUCACAAAGCCAUGGUAUUAAAUGCAUUUCUAAUUUCCUUUUCUGGACAUGGUAUGUACCUGCAAUAAAUGGCUGAUUUCCAGCGGCCUAUUUUUUUGAUUAUGUGAGUAGGAACAUUAUGACUGGAUGCAGCUGAAGCUGCUCCUAUGUGGAAUGAAUGACCAGAGUUAGAGUUUGGACUAAGCCCCAACCUAACUAGUAGAUUACUAUGGUACAGAAUGAACUUGUGUGUUGUUAUUGGUUUACCGUGUAAUUCGAGUAGAAGUGCAUCUUUUGAUGAGCCUAUAAGCAUACUAGUAAGUACGUCUACAACCUUGACCGGGCACCAGGGUGAAUGUGUUGGAUAGUACGGGAUCUCUACUGCGGUACCCAUUUGACUAGUUUUGGACUGUCUUAGUGUCAAGAUGUUGUAAUCGUUUGUUUUGACAAGGUCGCGUAUUUUUAGGUAAUUGUUGUCUGAGAAUUUUGUGAUGUAAACCUCUCUGGGCCUGAGGAAACAGCAGAAAGCUAGGUAUAUGGCUGCUUUAAUAAUGAGGUUUGUUGUUCGAAAGGUGCAGUGUCCAGUCGGUUCGAAAUGUCUCGGAAUUUAGAGCUGUCAAUUGGGAAUCGUUGUGAGUUUUGAGAGAAGUUUAACUUCUGUAUACCUUUCAGAACACUCUUUAUGGUAUAAGAUAACAGAAAAGGUUAAUUAGGGAAUGUGAUAAGCAUUUGGUGUGGAAUACCUGUGAGGUAUAACUUGAUAGUGUUAUGUGCUAAUUUUAAAGAAAUUUGGCUAAAGGUAGCGAAUGCGACCAAUGAUUCAAUAGAAAAGCAGUUUAAUAUAUGAAAGUCUGCCACUAAUUUGGAAAAUAACCUGAACGCUCUGUCAAAUGUUUUCCUGGUGUUAACAGACAAUCCCAUUCGGGACAAACUUUUACUGUGCGCUAGGAGAGCUUCUAAUCCAGGAUUAGUUAUUCGAAAAGAGGUGGCCUGGUCGCUUGUCUGUUUGCUGUGGUGUGAUGCCAGAGAAACUCCUGAAAUUUGAAGCGGGAUAAAGCAUCAGCAGCCACAUUUUGAACACUGGGAACAUGCGUGCAAGUAAUAAAAAACUGAUGAGUAGGUGCUAGCCAGGUCAGCCUUCUCACCAGUUUCAUAAUAACCAAUGAUUCAGAGCGACCCUUGUUGAGAAUGUGACAAGCUGCCUGGUUAUCGAGAAAACACCUGACAGCUUGACCUCUCCAGGAUACCCCCCAAGUGAUGGCUGCGACUACCACUGGGAAAUUGUCAAACAGAGCAGAGGAGUCGGUGAAAUUGUGUAAUUGGUUAGUUUCAGGGGGCCAUGGUGCCUGGACCCACUCAUUCCCAAAGAUUGCAGCAUAACCUGCAGUAUUGGCUGCAUCAGUCCAAAUGACAGGGGAUUUAUCUGUUAUGGGCAGGAUGAACAUAGAGUUGUCGUUCCAUGAUGACAGAAAUAAUUGCCACAUAGAAAUGUCAGCUUUUGCUUCGGCACCUAUGUCAAUAAUGCUAUCAUCAUCAGGAAAACCGUGAAGUAUGCAUAAUAGCCGCGAGAUAAAGGAUCUACCUUGGGGAAUUAUCAUCAUGGCAAAAUUCAAAGUUUCUAAGAGUGAUUGCAGCUCUUUCCGAGUGCAAACACCUCUAUCCAAACGAGCAGAUAAACCUUCCAGAAUUCUGCAGACUUUCUCUUCAGGUAAGCUAGCUUCCAGGGAUUGAGAAUAGAGUACAAUCACCAGGAAGGUUGCUUGACUUCAGAGAUUGGUACACCCAUCUGUACUAGACUGACAGGGGGUGAGUUAGGUUCCUCAAUGGUCAGUAAAUCAUCUAGGUAGUGAAUUGCUCUGGGGCAUCUGCAGUAGUUAAGCAGCAGCCAGCACAAGGUACUUGGUGGAUUGGAAAGGUUAUGGACCAGCAGAUCGUUAUUGGGUUCCGGCGUCUGAUAAACAUGCUGGCCACAAGAUUCACUAUUUUCACGCCACGUUUCCUGUCAAGCCUGGUCCUGCCCGCCUGGUGGGCGUUCUUCAGGUGGGGGCUAAUGUCACGUAUUCAUCUGCACAUAAAAAUGUGAUUAAUGGCAUUUACUUUCCUGACAUGAAAAGUUGUGCCGAGCAGCAAUCAAUCCACAGGAGGGUUUGUGCUGAGCAGCAAUCAUGCAAAUAGGAACCUGGUAACUGCCUUUGGGGUCAAAGGCCAGUUACAACCAAUCAGAUCCACAGGUGGGGUAUUUAGGCCCAGUUCUCCUCUUGCUCUGUGCCCUGUCGUGGUUUCCCUUGUGGUUGUCCAAGAGCGCGUUAUUGACUCUCGGUUUUCUGGUUAUUUGACUUUGGCAAUGAUUUUGACUUCCCUGUUUUCUGGCAUCCCUGACCCCUGACUUUUCCUUAUCGUUGUGUCUCUUUCUAUAUCCCUUGACCUUGGCUAUUUCUGACUAUUCUUUGGUACGUUAGUCCGGCCAUUCUAAGGUCCGGUAUACGUUACCUAUCAGUCCUCUGUGUUACACAAUGCUUUGUGCUGGUUCAUACUGUAAUCCUGACAUGAACAACAUGGGGCUACUUUUGGCACCAAAAGUAAGCUUCGUAGCAAAAUAGUACUGGUCUUCCUACUUAACCCCAUGCAGAUGCCACAGGGAUGGAUGGAUAGCUAAGAGCUUGAAGGCAUUAGCAAUGUCAGUUUUACAUAACCAAGCUCCCCUGCCAACAUUGAGGAUGGUAGCGAUAGCAUCGUCCACUCUAGCGUACUGAAGAGAAAAAUCCUCGGAAGGGAUUAGUGAGUUUAGACUCGGUGUAAAGGAAGAAUGAGGAGUCGACAAAUCGAUUAUUAAGCGUAGUUUAUUCAAAAACUUUGCAGUAGCAAUGCCUAGUGGGCUGGUUCUCCAUCUUGAGAAGGGUGGCAUAGUGAAAGGUUCAAUCAUGAAGCCUAGCUCGAGUUCUUUAAAGAUAAGUAAUGACACGGCUUGUGGGUUGCUCAAGGCAGAUUGGAGAUUGGCACAUUUGAGUGUCCAUGAGGGGAUUGUGACUAAACCUGUGUGUGAACCCUUCAGUGAGAAAUUUAAUUAGGUGAGGUGAAGGGUGCUGUGACAAACAGUGAUGUAUAGUGGUGACGUUAACUGGUCAUUGCCUAGAGAACAAUCUAUUUGGGCACAUGGUUUUAGCAUGUGCUUGGAAACACAGAGAGCAAACAUGCAGCAAUCUGCAGGCACUGUACCCGCAGCUGCCGGCGUUAAAUUUUUUGAGAUUUGCCCAAAAAGACAAUGGGUCUCCCCAACUUGUCUUUAAGGUCCUGUUGUAUGGGCUUGGCAACUUGGGUACUUGGGCUUGACUGGUGGAUGGGAGCUCAGUGUCGUUGGGGCACAGAUUUGUUGCGGGAGUCAAAGAUCAGCAGACUGCACAAGCUGGAACUUUUAGACGGGCCAAAUGCCUACAAAAUAGUUCCUCUAUCAAGAGAACUCCAAUCAGUUUUAAUGCAGAACUGGGCAAGUGCGGGGGCUGCUUUUGCUGAAAAUGACUUGUGAUAGUCAAAAAAUGCAAAUCCAAUGUACUUAUGCCCAAGUUCGACCAGCUUGUGCAAGUACAAGUCAAACUCUUCACAUCUUUGGGGAAAAACUGAACAUAUUACGUCCCUAAAUAACCCAAAAGCUAAAACAAUUUCUGGGAUAGAAAGUUUUUUGUUAAGCCUAGGGUCUCGUGCUUUCAUAAUGUCUGACAAGUCACCAAACGAGUAAGACUUGUUGUCGAUGGCGUCCUGUGAAGCUAUGAGUAAGGACAUCAGGUUGACAUUUUUGCCAUCUUUGCCAUCCCUCCAAGAUGUCCUUUCUCAGUGUCAGAGAAACUAGAUGGGCUGGCGUGAUUAUAGUACUGAUGGAGGGGUGGUUAGAAACCAAAAGAGUAUUACUCUGCACUCCUACACUCGGAAAGGGGAUAACAGGAGGAACGGCAGCCGUGGAGGAAGUACUAGCAAUCGUAGCAGCUUCCAAGACCCUGAGCCUAGUAGCAAUGGAGGUCAAAUUAGUGAUUAAGGAGUGCAGGUCGGCCAAACUGGGUUGAACUAUCCAUUCAUGACUGGGACCAGGGUUUUCAAGGUCAGUCUGAGACCGUAAUAAUCUGAACAGUUCAGCCUUCCUAGCUGUGGCAGGGUAGGCUACAUUCCUCUUGUUUAAUUCAUCCCUGAUCGGGAUAGUGGAGGCAACAGAAGUAGGAAGUGAAUCUUCCUGUUUGAUUGACAGAUGGGGAUGCAUUCGUAUUUUUAGAUAUGAAAGUGCUAAUUUCACAAUGAAGGGGAUUUUAAAGGGAUACUCCACAUGCAUAUUGCUAUUCAGCAAGUUGGAGUGUUCUAUGGGUGUGGAGUGUUCCUUUGAGGAAUUGAGUUUUGGAGCGGCCAGUGAUGUGGCUUUUGUUUUAGCUCAAGCGUCUGGCAUUUUUUUUACCCUAGCAAUGCCCCUUUUAAUAAAAAAUGGUUUACCGGUAUUUAGUCUGCAGCUGAUAUGAUUGGGGAGGAGUUUUCUUAAACAUAUAAUUUUAUACAUCAAUUGUUUGUAUCCAACCUCAGAAAGAAUAAGCUACAAAUAAGCUACAAAAUAACAUUUAUCUAUUUUUUUUUUAAUCUCAGGAUACUUAUAGUGGAUUGAUUGGCCCUGUUGUAAUUUGCAAGUCCUCACUUCUUCCAAUAAAGCUAUUCAUGCCAAAAAUUAAAAGAUUUGCACUCCUUUUUAUGGUUUAUGAUGAAAAUGAAUCCUGGUAUUUGGAUGAAAAUAUCAAAAUGUAUUCCAAGUUUCCUGAUAAGGUUAACAAAGAAGAUGAAGAUUUUAUUGAAAGUAAUAAAAUGCAUGGUACGUGAUGAAUGGAAAGCAUUGUAUUAUUAAUUUUACAACUGUUCAACAUUCAAACAAUAAAAUCACAGAAAGACUAUGUACUCAUUCAAAUGUGUGAGCAAUAGAGGUUUCAUUCCGUAUAAGUAUAAGGUAACAUUUCUGCUCUACUGAGUCCUUAUCACACCUUACACAUAGAACCAAGUGCAUUAGGUAUAUAGAUUUGUCAAAUCACGUGAUUGGAAAGAAUUAAUCAACAUAUAUGUAUAUACCAUGAUUUCUCUGCUCAUGGUGUCUUAACAAGUGCUGUACUUGUGAUGGGGCAUGUGAAACAUUGACUGUUUUUUUAAAUUUCUGAAUUGUAAAAUCUGGUCCUGGUGUAUUCGGGAAAAACUAGAAUACCACUGGUUGAUCUACAUCUCUCCAAAAAUAUUUUGACCUGACUGACAAAUUAUCUUAUUCUAGCUAUAAAUGGAAAAAUGUAUGCAAACCUACUUGGUCUUACAAUGCGAGUUGGAGAUCAUGUCAACUGGCACCUGAUCGGAAUGGGAGGCGAAGUGGAUCUACACACGGUGCACUUCCAUGCACACAGCUUUAAUUUUCAGGUAACAAUUUAUUUUUCUAAACCGACAUGGAAAAUAAAAAGAAAAUUAAGCAAAUAUCAUUCUUACAUGUAAUAUGUUUAAAAUUUGACAUGUAAUAUAUAUAUUUAAUUUUGGGCUUUUCAGGGAUGUUCAUGAAGCCUAAAGUAGUUUUAGUAUACUCUGUUUAUAAGCACAAUAAAGUAAAAACUAGUGGUGAAAAAUAUUGUGGGAAGCAUGGGAGGAGUCAAUAGAAUGUACACAUUUAUUUCAAACAGCUACAGGAUAAUUUAUAAGUUAACACUCUACAGAAUAUUAUUAUAUGAUAAACAUUAAUACACCCAUCAAACAGUUGUUUAGAGCUAGCUGCUAAUUUAGUAUUUUGUUUAACCUUCUAGAAAGAUGGCACAUUUCGGUCUGAUGUGUUUGAUCUUUUCCCUGGGACAUUUCAAACAGUUGAGAUGGUAGCAAAGGUUCCAGGCACUUGGCUACUACACUGUCACGUGGCAGACCACAUCCACGCAGGAAUGGAGACAUUGUAUACUGUGCUGGAAAGUAAGGCUCCCUUAUAAAUAGUAGAAUAAUUUGUCUAAUUUAUAUCACAAACUUUGAUCUGUUCACAAAAUGUUAAUAGUAGACUAGUUUAGCAAAUAAUUUAAAAUGUUGUAUAAAUAUCCACUUGCUAAGAUGACUCUCUACUUCUUCAUUCAGUUAGACUGUGUAUAUUGUCCUGAGUUUCACAUAAUCACUUCAAUCAACUGUAAUACAACAACACUCUAUUGCAAUAUGCUGACAGUAUAUAAACACAAAGCAUCACUUGAUCUGCAUCAUGUCUCCCUCUCUCUAAUCACCACAUUUUCCUUUCUCGACUUUCUCCUGUCUUUCUCAAGGUAACUCAUAUUACAAUUCUUUCUAUUCUAUUACACUGAUUAAAGUUCACUCUACAUUCCAGCCAAACAUUCAAAUUUAAUACUGCAAAUUCACCUGCUAUCUCAACAAUGUUCCCAAACUACUGAAUAUUGCUGGAGAUAAUCUUUCAACACACUUGACUUCUUAUAUUACAAAUUCAUGCAAUGUUCCUAGACUUCCAUCGUCUCCGUUGCCAAGCAAGAGUAUUUUACCUCCCUCAUCUGCACCUGCUCUUGUGAUCCCAAAUGUAUUUUUUUUUUUAUCAAUUUACUGACAAUAUUAAUUAAAUUUAGAAUGCAAUCUUCCCUCAUUCUUCUUCCCCUCCAACACUGAGCUUGUAUUCUGUUUCUUUUUCCACUCCUAACAUUCCGCCCUUUUCUAAGAAGAGCUGUUAACUACUUCCAUCCUCUCGCCCUACCUCCUGUCCUCUUGAUACCAUUCGCUAUCACUUCAUCCAAUCUCUUAUCAAAUCUCUGGUCCCAUCCCUAAUGCAUAUUUUCAAACUCUGUUUGACUUCUAGCAUCUUCUACUUUUCCCUCAAAUAUGCAAUUGUCUAGCAGUUCCUUGAACCUACUUCUCAUCCAAAUCCUGUCUCAUAUCAAUACGUCAAUAAACUAGCCUGUUGACUGAGGUGUGUUAACAUGUGUAACUCAGUGCUAACUGUCUCCUUGGCCCUCUUCAAUCUGGGUUAUACCCCUUACAUUCUAAAACUGCCCUUACCAGUGAUUAAUAACCCAAUUUCUUCUAAAUCUAAAGAUCAUUACUCUCUCUUAUUUAUCCUCAACCUCUUUGAUGCUUUUGACACUGUUGACCACUCUCUUCACAACAGUGACUUUGUGACACUGUGCGUACUUGUUUUUCGAUGUAUCUUUCUGAAUGCACAUUUAGUUCAGACUACUCCUGGAUGGCAGCAAUGGCCAUAGUACACAUCAGCCCCAAUACAAAACAUCUUAGGUGAGUUCUACACUGUUUUGUAUGUUUGUAUUUGCUUUUGUAUUGCUUUUGUAUUCAUUGCUGCCACACAGGAGUAGUGUGAGUUUGAGCAUAGGGCUUUGUACGUUUGUAUUUGCUUUUAUAUUACGCAGCCAUGUUACAGUGGUGUUGCCAACCGAAUGCACUCCCUGGUAAGGGUUAAUAAGCAUGCAGGGUUUUAGAAAAAUAUCCCUCUCUGAUUAAUGAUUUUACCUUUUAACAAACAAGAUGAAUUCCUAGUGUAGGAUUCGCCUAAGAGGUGUGCCUUGACGUGGCAGGAGAGCUUGCUCUUUAAUGGUCAUUGGAGUGAUACUAAAAAACCUCCAAUUAUUUAAAUGUGCAUUGGGAUUUGGGUUUGUUAUAAAAUAUAUCACAUUUAUGACUCUUAAUAGUAAAUCUAAACUGUCAUCAUUUUACAUUGGGUCAUGUUAUUGACCUUGUUAUGACACAUUGAAAAUAGUGUCUGUAUAGAAUUGAUGUGUAAAUAUACAUGUAUAGUGGGAGGACUGGGAUUGUGGCUGAGGACCUGCUUAAGUACAAUCCACUCUCCCUGAUCUUAUCUUGGGCCAGAGAGGGUGGAACCUGAUUCCUGGUGAGAGAUUUUGCUGUUUCCAACCCAGGUCCCGCCGAGGGAUUAAAAAAGAAAGAGAUUGGGGCAGAGCUAUAUGACAGAAUAAAAGGCAGCAACACCUAAAAAGGGAAAUGCUCUCCAAUAACCCUUAAAUAAUAGUAAAAUAGACAAAGAUAUAGGGUGCACCAUGGGACAGUGUGAAUGGUAGAGUGGGAACAGGAAAUAAUAUAAAAAAAUAUAUGAAAUACAGGUACCCUAAGACAAUAGCAUCUGUAACAAAAUAAGGUAUUAGUAAUAGGUGCCUGGAUAGGUUUCCUCCUUCUUCAACUUGGUAGUUACCGGGAUGCUCAGGGUCCACAGGUAUAUAUGAAAGGAAAAGAAAAAGAACUCCAAUAGUGUAAAGAGUCCAAAGUAAAAUGCACCUAUAUAAAAGACUUCCAGAUUUUCUACUCACAUUUCAUAGUGCUCUGACCAGCUCUAGUGUAAUGUGCAUGCAGUCGUUUUGAUCCCCCACUUAUAGGAUAUCAAUGAAAGGUACAGUCAGCAGAUGUCGUAGCAGCCGGCAAUAUAUAAAUCCAGAAACAAAAAUAAAAGGCAACAAUAGUGCUCUCUGUAUAAAGGUAAUAGACCAGGAGUAAUAAAAGAUAAAAUGUACUCACAAUUUUCUGAGCAGAUAGCCCGCUCAGUUUAAUCAACGUGGGUGGUAUAAUCCCCACCUGUAAUUCUUGGUGAGAUUCUCACUGGAUAAAUAAAACAGGAUGGAAAAGAAAUAAAAGCAAUAAAAAUGUAUAUGGUACAAUUCCAAGAUAAAAUAGCCAAUUAACCUUUAUUAGUAUAAUAAAAAAAAAUAAUAAAAACAAUCCACAACAUGUUUCUCCCAAAUAGGGCUUUCUCAAGUGGUUUUCAAACAUAUACUUGGCAUUCACAGUCUUUUAUAUGGUGUAAAACAUAAUAAUUUCAAAUUUGGCAGGUAAAUAACGUCAUUGUCACGUGGUCAUACUACUGACCGAAAUUACAAAUUAUUAAAAUGAGAAACAGAUUAUACUUGGUGGAUGAUAUGAUUAUGUAGAGUCAGAUAAAAGUCAAAUAAAUAAUAAACAAGUUUUAAAAUGUUAGAAAACAGUAAAAGAAGUAAAAGAAAGAAGUGGGCAUGUAAGGGGGGUGACGGACGAUGUCGGCUAUGACGGCACAUGCCCGGGAACUAUGGGAUAUCUAGUAGUGAGGCAAGAGGGGGAAGGCAGAAUCUCGUUCGGCCAAUGGGCUAAAAAGGGGGCAGAGCCAAAAACCAGAGCAGUAGCAGAAAGAGAGAGACUAUUACAAAUAGUCUAAAUAUUAAGAGGGCAUCCCGGAAAGGGAAUGUGAUAUAGAGAGGAGCCACAUCCACAUCGGCCAAAGGACAAUGUUACGAGUGGGAUUAGAACUAAAAGGGCAAAUACUAGCAGGCUGAUAUGAUAGGGGGCCGUGGGUCACAUGACCACUAGUGGUGGCCAUAUUGGGAGAGGAAAGGAGUAGGAGAGAAAAAGUGGCCAUAUUAGGAAGGCAAAAAAUAAUAGAGAGUAUAGAAAGCAAGGGAAUACUUAAAAUCUAAAUAGAAAUAAAGAUUGAAUUACAAAAAUUAGGAAUAAUAUAAUAGUAGAAGAAAGAAAAGGGGGAAAAAGAGUGAAAAAUAACAAGUUAAAUAAUAAAAUAAAAUAAACAUAACAUAAACAAAAAGACAAAGGAAAAAAAAUUAAAUGAAAGGAAAUAAAACAGAUAUAAAAUUUAAGUAAAAUAGAAACAUAAAUACAUGUACAGAAAAUAAAACCAAUAAAUAUUAUAAAAAAAUAAAAAGAUCAAACUCAGCAUUAAGGCCAUUGGGAACUAAAGUUUUUAAAUUAAAAAACCCACUCCAUUUCUUUGCUGCCUAGAAUGGUUUUAAAACCAAACUGCUAGGUUUGAAGAAGGAGGAAACCUAUCCAGGCACCUAGAGACUUUUUUCUUAUCUCUAUUACUUAGACCUUAUUUUGUUACAGCUGCCUUUUUUUAGGGUACCUGUAUUUCAUAUAUUUUUUAUAUAAGUUUUAUUUCCUGUUCCCACUUUACCAUUCAUAUUGUCCCCCGGCACACCCUAUAUCUUUGUCUAUUUAUCCUGACGAAGAAUUGUAUCAGAGCAUUUUCGCUGAACCCUGUGACAACGUUCUGAUACAAUAAAGUCUCCCCUGUAGUUGAGCACCGGGCAGCUCUGCAUGAGAUUUUGCCUAUUAGCUAGGCCCCAUCUUUGAUCUCCCCAACGGCCAAGCCUGCGGCCUCAGUGGUUUUAUUUCAAAUCCGGCCCUGCUGAUAGGAAUGUUCUGCCCCUUAAUGUAUGUGUAAGAUUAGUUUUUGUUGAAAUGUGAAACAUGCUGACUUGUUUAUUAAAUCCCUGUAUCACUAUUUUUUUUUUUAAUUUUUGCAUUUCUGAGAUAUGAAUGGUAUGAUGUUAUGUACAUGUGGUGAUAUUUUGACUUUAAAGAAUUAUUUAUUUUUUAACUACCAGUGCUAAUAUUUAUAAAUUAAAAUAUAGUAAUUCUUCAUUAAAACUCUUAAGUAAAAUAAACACAGGUCAAUAAAGUACAAUAAAAUUAUACAUUUUUGCAACUUAAAUAUAGCAUUGCUUUAACAACUAAGUUCCAACAACUAUUCUUUUUAUGUUCUAUUACACAUAGAAGAUACAUUUAGGCUAAAUGUAAAGAAGGCAUAACCAAACUCCAGUCUUCACCAAGUUGUACAUCUUUCACACCAUUUCAAUGACAAAUUGCAAGAGGAAAACUUUGAAAAGAAGAACGAGUUUUGGAACUUUUCUCCAAUCCUGCACAUUGAAAGUUUUGGCGAAUUAUCCAUCAAUAAAAUCCAUCAAUAAAAUCCAUGUUUUGUUUAUGCCCAAAUUGCUGCAUUUGUUGUUCAUUUUCUUUAUUUACCUAUAAACAUUUUGAAUAAAAAUCUUUCCAUUGAA